GCAUCGUUGAGUAUUAGCGUGAUUAGAGACGGCUGCUGCAGUAUGGAGACAGCGAGAAGGAGUUAGAGGAUGAUGAGGGUGAUUGGUUAACGGAGAAGAGAGAGGGAGUGAGUGAGAGCUUUCUCUAACUCUCUACUGUAGGUGAUCACUGGUCUACUGCAUUGCUCUACGAUACCAUUUCUCUGUAGUCCUUCACUCCCUCCCUCUCUCUGCUCUCCUCAGAUCCAGCUCUCUCUGUAAGCACUAAUCUCCACACGCUCCUGCUGCCUCACAGCUCUCUCUGCACUGCCAAAGCGCAUCUCUCUCUCUCUCUCUCUCUCUCCCCCUCGGCUCCACUCUCUCCCCCCCAGUGAGGAUGACAACCCCGAAUUUGAUGAACCAGCGAAGCUCUGAUUCUGGCUGGUGGCUUCCGAGGGAGACCCCUCAUGAUCGGGUUUAUUGGACGAGGUGGUGCCGCAUCUAAGGAGCCUCAUCAGCUGUGUCAAUCUGUGAAGUGAGUAUACUUUCUGUUCAAGAAAUGGGAGAGGGCAGUUUCUUAGUAAGGAAAAGGAUGAAACCACUAUCUUUGCACGCAGGUCUGCUUUGCUUUUCCCUCUGAGAAUGUGAGAACUACUGACUGAUAGACUGACACAGCCAAGGGUUUUGCAGAGUGAUGAGAUCGCAUUGGUGGCAACUGGAUUAUGCAGCAGCUGUAUCCAUCUGGAGUGAGCGCUAUUCUUGGUCACGACACUGAAAUGCUGUGUCUUUGUUUGCUCUUCUCUGUUCCUCCUCGCUCUGCUUACUGUAGCAUACACUCACACAGAUGGCUAUCAUUCCCUGGGGUUGCAUUUAAUCGCUGCACUGCUCGAAUAAUGGCACCACUGCAUGUUUAAUUUCCAGGAAGACUGAAGAAGUUUUGAUGCAAAGUUAAUCAGAAUUUGUCACAUUUGUGCUCUAAAUAAUGUGCUGUAAUAGUUGUUGUUGAUGCGGUUUAAGUCCAGAAAGAAUCACUAAGUCAGCUUGGAAAAAGUGUGACAAGAUGAAGACUGUGGUUGGAGGAGAGUAUCUCUAUGGUAACAGCAGGUUUUGCCAGAAGAAGAGAAGAGAAGAGAAGAGAAGAGAAGAGAAGGGAGGUGAAGAAAAAACUUGCAGCUUCUUUUAGUGAUUCUUCAUCUUGAUAAGAAAAGUUCCAAAAAAGAACAUAUGUGGGCAGAGAACUUAUGUAAACAUUGACGAACAGAUGCUGAUAAUAACCGGUACAUGAAUCAGUGAAAACACCAAGCUUAUGAUCAUGUAAAUAUAUGCAGGUACAACUCAAAAAAAGGAGAAUAUCUUGGAAAAAGUUCAUUUUGUGAAGUACUUGACGGUUUACAGCUCACUAAAUCAAAAUUAUACGACGAUACUGAGGAAAAGUCCACUUCCUUGUCAGUUAUUUCAGAGCUAUAAUCAUCCUGUCAUCUCUGAACACCUGCGGAGGUUUACUGAGCCUUUUAUUCUCUCUCUCUGGUUCAGUACUUAUGAAGACUGCUGACUCAAUAGUUGUCCUAAAGAUGAUCACUGAUACUCAAGUAGGGUCACUGCUGAAGGGGCUGACUGAAAGCAGAUUCAUGGAAAAUUGACUGGAAGGGAAAGUGUAGGAGGGAAAAGGUGGCCAGGCAGCAGGGAUGAGCGCAGCCUUGACACGAAGUCUAGGGGGGGCUUCACCAGGAGUGGACUGAGGCUGGAGUCAGAGCAUCAAGAGCCACUACACUAUGAUGAGUCCAGGAAAUGAGCUGCAAGUGUUGUGUUUCAGCUGUCAGGCCACUCCUGAACCAGAGACAACGUCAUAAACAUCUCACCUGGACUAAGAAGAAAAACAAGAACUGGACUAAUGGUUCAAAGUCCUGUUUUCAGAUUAAAGUUUGGACAUCGAGGUCCCAGAGUCUGGAAGAAGAUUGAAGAGGCCCAGAAGUAAACCCCAAUUUCCACCGCAUCCGGAACGGCUACGAAAAGGCAUUGUAACCAUUCAUGUUAACGUGUCAAUUUCCACCGGCUUCUUACCGUUCCGCUGCAGAUCGCAAACUCUGCAGCUAAUCACAAGAGUUCUAUUUUUUCCAGACACCGGAGCAUGCCGAAUAAAUUCCGCACAGAUUAACCCGUGCUGGAAGGGAAGUCGGGCACAGACUCAAAAUAAAACAUCCGUCUUCUUUUCAAAAUAAAACACGAGGCAAGGGCGAACAAGUGAAAGGUUUAUAGACGUCAUUUCAUCCCGAUGACACCAUGGAUGAGGAGAUGCUGAUUUUAGAAGUCUCGAAGUAGAUUUCUUCCUCUGGAAGGACACAAUCUACUGCUAAUAUGGUUAGCCUAUGUGGCUAAAGACAACUUGUUAUUAUCAUUGCACGUGAAUCUGCGGGUUCUUGAGAGUUCUCGCGAUUCCUGCUGUCUGUAAUCCGCCAUGAAAUCUGCCUCACAAACGUAUCUGGUAGGAAUUGGCGUACGGCGAAAAUCUGAGCUGUUCCGGAUGCGGUUGAAAAGCCGGGUUAUAUGCUGGUGUCAAUCUACUGUGUUUUAUCAAAUCCAAAGCCAACGCACCAAAAGUCUACCAGGGGAGUUUAGAGCAUUUUAUACUUCCACUUACUGAAAAGCUUCAUGAAGAUACUGAUUUUCUUUCUCCGCAUGGCGCCUACUCACAGCGCCAAAACUACCAGAAACUGUCUGUGUUUGACUGGCCAGCCAACUUGCCUGGCCUGGACCCCACAGAAAAUCUCCAGAGUGUCAUCAAGAGACAGAUGAGAGACACCAGAGCAACAACUUUUUAAGAACAUUUUAAUUUCUGAGAUGGCCUGUGUGUAUAUAUAAUUGAAUUGACUGGUAAAAGUUUGGCAGGAGGACAGUGCAGUCAUCUCAGCUGCUGUUCAUUUUUAUUAUCCUCCUGUGGGGAAGGAAGAAACUUGGUGGAAGGUGUUCGAGGAAAAACGAGAGACACCUGUGUGUAGCCAAACACUAUAGAACAGACCUCUCAGCGUUCGUGUGAAUUGUGAUGAGAGUAAAAGAGAGGGCUCUUCUGCUCCAUAUUCUCGAGUACCAUUUUCCCAACAGCCUCCUUGUGAAGCCCACACAGAUCCUUUUUGGCGUCUAGAUUUGUCAUGUAAUGAUGGACUGGGUUUUUGAAGUGCUUCUCCAAGUGCGUUUGCAGAUUGUGAUAUUCUGUCAACUUGACCAUUUGUGUGAUGCCGGGGCAUUCAGGUGCAGGUAGCUUUUAUGCCCACUGACAUGAAUACAUUAAGGUCCUCUGAAAUCAGACCAUAGUAGACUCAAAGAAAGGAGCACUCACGGUGCAGCUUUGUGUCAUCCAUAAACUGUUGUUGUCAUGGCGUUAGGUCUCUGAGAAUGGGCUGAAAGAUCAAACUGGAAGGGGAGGGGACGGCAUAGAAACCAAGAGCUUGUUUUUCCAGAGAAGGAUCUGUGCCACUACGAUGUUGCAACAGGUCUCUGAUUCACCGCUGCCUACAGCCCAUACAGUCGCUCUGGCCCCGAUGGUCACCCUGCAGACUGAAUGUGGAGCAACACAAUGACUGGGAUGCAACCUCUCUCCACUCUCCUCCUCUUCAACAACCGUGACUCACAGCCUAGCUCACAAUAUUCAACCCACAAGAAAGAGCCCUCAACAGAGUUGGAAGCCAAUGUUCUCCACUAAAUAUUGCAGCUCAGUUGUUGAUUAGCUCCAGAAAGAAGAAGAAGCCGCGUUUGCAGAAUAUUUCACACAAGAGCUGUACUACCUGCACACGUUGAAAUAAGAGUCAGAAAUGUGAAAUAUUGUCACCUGUCAAACUGUCUUUGGUGUAUUUUUAAUGACAGUUAAGAGGACAGUUAUUAGAGCUAUAUUAUUGCAGAGGAGGGGCUCAGCUGCACAGCCUAGAAAGACAUAUUCUAGUCCCACAUGACGCCUCUUGAGGAAGUUCUCAGAUUCAGAUUUAGUCAACUUUAUUAAACACAGUAACCCACCUUGUUAUUAAAUGAUAAACGGACAAAUGCGAGACAUUUAAAGCAGCAAAUGGCCCAAACAUUCCCCUGUCAGCACCACAAAUCAGCAAUAAAUAAAUACAUGUGCAAUAUAUUCAACAGUGGGAUGAUGACUAAAAGGCAAUAAGAAAAUAACAACUAAAACAAUCCUGAGACCCCACUUUCAACACAGUCCACCAAUCAGCGACUUCCCAGCAUUUAUCAGCCUGAUCGCUCAAAGGAUAGAUGAGUUUGAGUACCUAUUUGUUUUUCCUUGGGGGAGCAUAGUAGCGCCACCCAGAGGGCAUAAGAGAAAAGUCUGAGAAAAGGAUGUGUCCAGGCUGGUCCAUGAUUCCCCUGGUUUUCUGGACCACUCGUUUCUCCCAGAGAGAGCUCAGGUCCAUCAGCUGUACUCCAGUAAUUUUGGAGCAGACUUUUACGAUCUGGUUCAGGCUGUUUCUGUCCUUUACUGAUAAUCCAUGAAACUAAGCGAAUUUUAAAAGACUUUCAAUAAAAACAAGACAGGAUGCCCUCAGAAACACUAAAAAAUCUCAGUUUCUCCACCCUGUAGGGAGGCCUGCAUCCCCUGAGCUAAUUGGAUGUUUUGACAUGCCAUUGGAAAGUCAUGAUAUGAAAUGUUAGCAGUAUGUAAGGAGAGCUAACCUCGCUGAUUUGCUCAUACUGUCAGUACUCCUCAUUAUGUCUUAUCAAUGACAGGAUAGCAUUCGGCUGCAGCUGCACGACUGUGGGACUGAACAAAUCAACCCAAACUGACCCUUGGAGCUUGGGCUGGGCGAUAAACCGAAAAUUUGACCAGUACCAAAAUUUACGUCAAUAACCAAUGUCAUUCAGCCGAUAUUGGUAUUUUUCAGUGUCAAAAAAAUUAAAUAGUAAAAAAAGUAAAUAAAAGUUGGUUUUAGAUGUGUGUAGGUAGGCUAUGGUCUCAUGUCCCUUCGACACGCUGUCCUACGUCAAAGACAUGACUCCACCCCAUCCAGAUAGAUGAGGAGAUGGAGGACGGUUCAAUAGUUGUAGCGACUUAGGUAGAUGAAGUUAAAGUUGGAGGGGGUGAGCAGCUUGUGGAGUAGUUAUCGUCCAUUUAUCGUUAUCGAGGUGAACUACUCAUUAUAUGGUGAUAUUGAUUUAAGGCCAUAUUGCCCAGCCCUACUCGGAGCAGAAUGACACCUCUCACUUCUCUGUCAUCCUGCACAGUCAUCUCCUGGAGCUCAUAAUCGAUCAUCUGUAUUACAUGAUUUUCUUGACGGCAGUCUAAUUGUCCUUACCUGUUGGUCACACAAGAUCUGAUGAUGACUAACAUGAGCGUAAUCAUGCAGUGGUAAAAAAAAAAAAAACAGCGAGUGAAUUCACAUCUGAGCUUGUUUUGAGCAUGUAACUGUAGGGAGGAGUGGGAGGCGAAGCUCUGCUUUUAAUAGACAUUCUCCCUCUGUCGCUCAUUCUUCUGCUUGCUGCUUGAUCACAAAAGCUGCCAAAUAUAUCCAGUGGUGGUAAAAGAGGCUGUUGCGUGAACACGAGCAGGCUAUUUAUAGCUUGUGUGGAGCCAGAAUACUAACACGUAUUAGGUUUGCACAUUAUGGAUCUCCUGCAGUAUCCAGAAUCCUUCAGCUGUGAGCUGAGGCUGAUAGUCAUUUGUAAAUAAAAAGCAGAAGUGUGGAAGGACUAGACCUUUCAGCUGAUUUACUUUCACUCAGCACUGAUGUUUGUUUGUUUGUGUUUGUUUGAUAUUAAAACCAAAAAUGCAAUUAGUCUAAAAUUACAUUUAAUGAGAGCAAAUUUCCUCUCAAGCUAUGAGUAAUAUUGAGCCUUUAUUGCAUUCGAUAUCCUGUAUUUACUCGACAAAGAAAAAGGAUUACAUCAUUGGGAUAGCACCAGGGAAUCAGUGUAAAAGACAUCCACCCUGAGUGAUACUGCAACACGACUAUUAACUGUCAUGUUUCUCUCCCUAGUGCUUAUAAUCCACCCCUCCAUCCGUGGUCUCCUCUUCUGCAGAUUACUGACUGCAUCCGUCUGUUAAGACCUCCUCCCUCUUUGGAUAAACUCCAUUAAAAACUCAAGAACAGCCAGAAUUUGCCGGACACAUGUCACAGGUAUUACUCUGCGCGUGGUGAGAGUUUAUUUCCUGAAUGAGCUAAAUCAGCCAACUGUUUGUCAUCUUACCUUCACACUUCGGCUGAGCUGUCCCUGUGUGUGUGUGUUUAUGUGUGUGUUUGUGUGUGUGGUGUAAACCGAGUCACCCUCUGACUAUUUUUGAUCGAGGAGUUAUCCUUCUGCUUUAAUUCUGUUACACUUGCUCAGCACUGAAGGAUGCCUCAUGAAGCACAGAGUAGUGGAUUGCAUUACAAGUAAAAAUCCCCUCCAAAAUAACAAUAUGGGGAACUUUAAAGACAUGGAGGGAGCAGGCUGCCAUCUUUAACGGACAUGUUUCAAGAAGAAGAAGAGAGCGGUUGUUGUAGAUAUAAAUGUAUUUAUAAUGGUUAAAGGAUGACACUUAUCGCUCAUCAAGGUUGCCUCUUGUCCUCAAAAGCCACCAUCACCUCUCCAACAGAAGGGGUGAGUAGGUGAGCGUUGAAAUCUACAAUAUGGCAACAAGAUGCUGCUAAAUAUUCCUCUUCCUACAUACUGCACCAUGUAUUAUUAACUCUUUGUUUGACUUCAGUGCUGACUUGUUGUGAAAGUGUGAUUCUGACGGUCAGUGCCAUGACUCUGUAUUUGUAGCUGUGGUGGCAGACCUGCUUUUUCUCUCAUUUCUCAAUACUCUCCAGGCUCUGUAAUGCUCUAAUGGCACAUCUAAUGGUAGUAUCAAUCGCUAUAAAUGACACACACAAAACACAAAAACACAUGCAGAAAGAAAAAGAGAGAAAGAGGGACCCAAAACCACUCAGGAAGAAGGUUUAUGUAUUUGAUUGGACCUCUAGACCAACAAGUUAAGAGGGAGACAGAGAAGAAGAAGAGAUUACAGGUCACACUACACCGUCACAGAGUUGGAUUCAUGCUAUGUUCUUGUCUCUAGGUUGAGCAGGAGAUCUCACUCGUCCAGAGGAAGAUGUCUGACCUUGAGUCAGUGUUGCAGCAGAAAGAUAUAGAGCUGAAGGCCUCAGAGACCCAGAGGACGAUACUGGAACAGGACCUGGCAACCUAUAUCACAGAAUGUAGUGUGAGUAGUGAAAACAACACCAAACUUUAGCACUUCUGUCACAGCUGUUGAGUUAAACAACGUUAGUUUUGGGUGAUGGACUGAACACGCUGUCAUCUCACGGAUCUCGUAUAUUUCUUGGUUGCAGAGUCUAAAGCGCAGCUUGGAACAGGCUCGGAUGGAGGUGUCACAGGAGGACGAUAAGGCGCUACAGCUGCUCCAUGACAUCAGGGAGCAGAGCAACAAGCUGCAGGAGAUUAAAGAGCAGGUAGGACGCUGUUAAGUGAGUUCUUGUUGUAGGUCAGUGCUUUGAGAUAUAUGUUAUGUCCUCCUAUUGUUUGGGCGAUAAUUCUUUAUGACAACAACCAAAGUGAAGAUUAAAGGGAUAUUCUGGCGUAAAAUAAACUUAGGGUCAAACACACUGUAACACAGAGUUAGACACCCCCUGAGAGAUGAAUGUUGCCGACUGCUUGCUUCUUUAGUUAUACCAACUUUAGAAAUGACCGCACCAUAGCAAUACACAGUGGUCUAUGGAUCCACUUGCACACCUCAAAAAAAAACCACUCCAUAGCCACAAAUAAUGCUCAGAACAGCACCUAACUUCAUCAACAGUACAUAUAGGGUCCUAGCCACCAAACAUCUUUUUAACUUUGCCUAAUUUCUUUAGCAAAGAGACUAAACACAACUCACCCACUCUCCCCCAGCAGCUGCUUGUUUGUAGGGAGAUCUCGGAUCAGUCCAUCAUCGAGUGCAGCGGAGUUUUGCAGCUCAAGGAAGAACAUUUAUGAUCAUUUCUUUAUGGAAAUUCAAUCAGACUGAGACGCUAAGGCAGAAGAACUACCACGUCUGCAGAGCAAAAUGAUUAAAAUGUUGAUUAUUACUUCAGGGAAAUGAUAAAGUAAUUAUCAUAAAUGUUCUUCCUUGAGCUGUGUCACCCCGCUGUAGUCUGUAAUGGACUGGCCCGAGGUCUCGCUACAAACAAGCGGCUGCUGGAAGAGAGUAGGUGAGUUGUGUUUAGUCUUUACUGAAGAAGUCAAGCAAAGUUAAAAAGAUGUUUGGUGGCUGGGACCCUAUAUGUACUGUUGAUGAAGUUAGAUGCUGUUCUCAGCAUUAUUUGUGGCUAUAGAGUAGCGUUUUGGUUGAGGUUUGUUUAUGGCUCCUUAGACCGCUGUGUAUUGCUAUCGUGUGGUCAUUACUAAAGUUGGUAUAACUAGAGAAGCAAGCGGUCAGCAACAUUCAUCUCUCGAGGGGGUGUCACGGUGUCACUGUCUAUUUGACCCUAACUUAAUUUUAUGCUGGAAUAUCCCUUUAAGUCACUGAAACUGAAUGUGAUGAUAAUGAUGAAAAACUUCUGCCCCAGUAAGAAUACCUUUAUUCUGUAGCACAGAUACCCUAGCGGGUUAGAAAGGUGCUUCAGGUUAGAUUUCCCUAUGGUGUCUUUUCUGCAUGUUAUUCCCUGUUUCCUGCAUCUGUCAAUAAAAGCCCUAAAAGAAACAACUUUGAGUAUCUCUAGCAUGCCUUAAAAAGCCUCCUCACAAUAGCCUCAUACCUAAAUAAUCAUGUAUGAUCUAAUGAUGUAUUUCAACCCAAAGUUUUACCUGAGGCUUUGAACACUUCAAAUGCUGGAAAGUUUAGAGAAAAACUUUAACUUUACAAUUAUAAUCAUCAUGUAUUUGUAUAUGCACAACAUUGUUAGACUGAAUCUGUUGUAUAAUCUCUGAAUCUCUGUACAGUUUAUUUUUGCCAUCUGGGGUUGUGUGCAGUAAGUUUGCUUUUUUCAGAGCAAGAAAAACUAUCAAUGGAGAGUAAAACGCAGCCUCUGUUUAUACGCUGCACUUAAAUACUGAAAUCCGAGGCAGUUUCAUGGCAUGUUGUGAGCGCUGGUGUGUUUUUGUCUCUGCAUGUGUAACAGCACCACGUGAGUGUUGCUAAGCGUGAGAAUUAAGCUGUUACAAGAUUGACAAUGUAGGACAAUAAACACACAGCAUGAAAAAUCGUCCUGCUGGCAUUAUGCACCAGUUUUAUCACUAAAAGGUAAUAGAAAAAAGCAACCUGUUUUUCCACAGCCUACACUUGUGCUGGUUACCAAGCACUGAAUACAUUGUGCAACGGUUGCUAUGGCGACGAGAGCCAUAUACCUACGAGUGAAGAGAGCACUGAUGCAGUGGGCAGGCUGUCGUGAUGAGGUGCCGAGGCCUUGGUUCAUGCUGCUCGACGAACAUAAUUUUCGACAAUCACUUGAUAUAACAGAGACGUGAAAGUGUGUUUAAGAGGAACGAAUUCAGCCUUGAAUAGAGCUUUCUACAACGUUUUAUCCCAACAGAUACUCCAAAAAUAUCCUGUACUGUUAUAACCUGCGCUGUGAAUACCCUGUCGGGGCAGACAAUGUAACCCAUGAGCAACAUUUCAUACAAAGUCUGCAAGAGAAGAGGAGAGACGAUAGACAUGGAGACUUUUUGGUCCACUUCUAGGACCUUUUCAAAAGGAGCUUUCACAAGGGCGUCUCCUCAAAGCUAGGGAAUAGUUAGUUUAUAUACUUUUUGCAACUCUAACUUCCAAUCUUGAUUCCUCAUUUCGAGCUGAUUUGAAGCUUAAAGUGCCGAACCAACACUGUUCAUGCCAGCACUACCAGCAUAUGCCGGUCUGUGGCCGAUGAUACCACCUGCUAGUUCCUCUGACAGAUCUGCUUUGGUUGUUGUAGUUGUGAUUUAUUUAUUUUCGGUCGAGUUUCUCCGUCUUCACACAGCACUGCUUCGCUCUGUGCUGGAAGAUUUUAAUACCGAGCUUUGCCAGUCGAGAUUGUGUUGUAUCUCCUCUGUUGUAUCAACACCUAGUUAAGCCUGGACUUCAUUGUUGGACCAUUUGUCGGUGUUUUUAAGAGCUUUUAUCGACUGGUUCUGAGCGUUAUUUCGCAAAUGUCAGGAGUGGGAUUUAAAAAGAGGUUUUGGUGGUACUCUAGACGCUUAAUUAUGGAGCAGUCACUGUGCACUUUUGUCACUCAAUGCCCCUCUUUUGCUGGGAGAGUAUCGUCUCUGAAACAGGAGCUAAAAAGUUCCUCUAAAUGGGGUUUGACUUUGACCUCUUUAGUCACCUCCACUCACCUGGGUACGAGAAGCAGAUGUGGUUGUUAGUGUCAGACACACAGGAUGCAAACCGGACUUUAUCUCGUGUUUAGCUCUGUAUCUGGUCUGGCACGCUCUCAGGACCUUUUGGGGGGCCCUCAGGACAAACUGACAGAUCCUUUUCCUCAGCAACAACGCUAUGCUAAUGUAACUCCGCCUGGUUUGGCUGAGCUUGACAAGCGUGGUCUAACUCUUUAUACACCCUGACACUUUAGCUCACAGCCUCACAGAGUAAACAGACUGACUAAUGACAUCAGAUCGCCUGGUUGAUAUGUUCGCUUCAUUAACUCAGUGUCUGUCUCCUGUCGAGUUCUUCACCUAAAUGUUAAUAUUUGUUUGCCUUCAGGUUGUAUUGGGAAAUUAGUUGUCCUAUUAAAUAUCACACAGCAUUUGUCAUCUUUGUCCAGCUUUAUUCUCCGAUCUAGUAGUCAUAUUUCUAUUUAUUUUGUGCAUUCAGGACUUUUUAUUCUCGCGGUUGAAAAAGAUACAGCUUAAAUUAUUUAAUUGGACUGGAACAAAAGUGUGCUGUUCGUCAGUCUUUUUCUGGCUCUGUGUUCACAGCGGUGCAUCCCAGCUGGGCAUUUACUCCAGCUUAAUCCAGUAUUUCAUCUUGAAAAGCAUCUGUCUCCCACGCUCUGUCAUACAACAGCAGUGUUUAUCAUUCUCAUGCAGGAGCCAUGCGAUGUUGGAACAACAAACAGUAGAGAUUGUAGAUAGAUUUAUUCACAGGGAAAAAGAAGUCUCUGCCAAUGCAACUGACGGAUUGAUUCAGACAACAUAUGACUUCUCGGGCCGAUAGUGUGUCUGACGCAUGACUGUAAAUGUAAACUCUUGCUGCAUCAUGAAACCUUCAAGGAGUAGAAACAUUUUUGUUUUUAAAAAAGCACAUCUGAUAUUUCAAAUUAUACAUUUAAGACAGGAGCUAUGAUUUUGUGCUAAAACUUGUUACGUUUCCAUUUAUCUCCAACUCUGGAACUCACUCCCACCUGACAUCAGGAUAACUGACUCUCUCCCUCUUUUCAAAUCCAGACUCAAAACCCAGCUGUUCAGAUUAGCACACUCAUAUUUUUUUUAUUUUUUUUAUUUAUAUAUAUUUUUAUGAUUUCUUUAAGUCUAUUACUUAAGUGUUUAGAAACGCGCUUAUAAAUAAAAUGUAUUAUUAUUAUUAUUAUUAUCCUGAGGCAGAUCCUUAGAUGAAUAUUGUACAAUUUUAAUGUAUUUCAGGGUCUUUUUCUAAAUUUUACUAUUUUUCAUUGUAUUAAUUUACCUUCUUUACUUUUAAAAAGAAAAUUAAAACAGAUAUGAAGCAUGUUUUACACAGUGUAUUGGUCUGGGAAUGAAACAAAAUAGACCAGAUAGAUUAGACAGGAUACAACUUCAUCUCUCCUUUUAGGAAAGUUCCCUCUCACUGAGCAAUAGACGACUAUUAGAUGUCUAGUUUUUUUUUUUAGACCUAAUUUCAGCCUUCUCGAGUCUGUAUAUUUUUAGACGGAACUUAGACAUUACACUUUAACCCGUUAUUUGAUAACUAUUUAUUUCAAAAAGCAACUGUGAGUUGCAUAACUGAUCUCCAUGUCCUUAACCAAAAUAAUUAUGAUAGCUGUUGAGCAAUAUACAGUGUAGUAAAGAUAUAGUCCAGAUUUAGAUUUAGUCUAAACUUGGUCUAAAUUUAGACGUCUAAAAAACUUUUACUUUUAGACCUGUGGUAGCCUGAUUUUAGACCAGUCAUCUAGGCUACAUUUAGACGUCUAUUGGACCUCUUUUAGACCAAAAAAUGCUCAGUGGGCUUUAAGAAAUUAAAAAUUAGAAGACCCAAAUAUAUAAAAAUCAAUAUUUAAUAAACAUAAGGGCACAAAGGUCUAACAAAAACAUACAUUUAGAGAAUCAAAAAUGUCCAUUAAACUGAAAAUCCCACAGGAAAAGACUCGCACACGACUCGGUGAACUGUCACAGAGGGAGGGAGACACACAGGGAAACAUGCAACAGGUGUGACUUGAAGAUCCAGGUGAAAGCAAUCAUCUUAUCUAACUUAACUGAGGGGAAACACAGGAACUAUAUAAUAAAAUAAGACUAUAAAAUAAAACAGGACACAAUAGCAGCAUAUAACAGAAUAAAGGGAAUCCAAUGAAGGCAACAGACUCUGGGAAAUGACUGCCAAUUCAAUCCAUAACCUAAUAACUCGACAACAACAAAGUAAACUAAAACAAGAAAGACUAUGAGAAGAGAUGGCAAGAAGAGGAACAAGAGUCAAAACACUGAGAAAGAGCUUUAGAAACUAAAUCAGGCCUGAAUCGUGGCGCAUCGAUCUUUCUUUUCAUCAUCUGAAAAACCAGUUGGUCUCUUCACUUUGAGGUCCGCAGACACACAUGAUUACAAAACUACUGUGGAUGUGCUUCUACACGUCAGCUUCACUUUCCCUGAUCUGUGUUGGUUAAUAUCAGUCUCACUGCACGCUGAACCGUGUUACUUUCUCUUUGCCUGACAGACGGCCCACCGGGCGGCGAGCUGAUGAGGUGGUGGAAAUUAGAUCUGAAAGUCUGUGACCAAUCGUCAUUAAACAGACAAGUGCUGUGGUUGAUUCGUGUUUUCUUCACCUUUUCUCUCUGCUCUCCGUGUUUGUUGUGUGUGCCGUCACAUUUAAAGUGUCUCUGAUUCCCAUGACUGAUAAAAAAAAAAAGGAUGUGAAAUAGCUGUUUUUGGCUGGACUGCUUGCUCAUUCUUCGAAAUAAUGAUGUGGCUCUUCACAAACACGUUAAGGUCAAACAACAUUUGGGCUAAUGAGGAGCUCUUUCCCUCUUCAACCAAACAUUGAUCUGCCCUCCGUCCUCCUUUUCCUUUCUGCACUGCAGUUUUAUACGAUUGUUCUGUGCUUCUUCUUAACAACAAAGGCUGCACUGUGGUCUAUUUGUAGGAAUAUCAUGCUCAGUUGGAGGAGAUGCGGGUUUCCAUCAGACAGCUGGAGGAGGACCUGUCUGCUGCUCGUCGCCGUAGCGACCUGUAUGAGGCUGAGCUCAAGGAGUCUCGUCAGACCAGUGAGGAACUGAAGAGAAAGGCUGCAGACUACCAGCAUAGGAUACAGAAGGUCUGUAAUGUUUGAAAAUACAUAUAUGACAUGUAUUUUGAAAGGCCAAAAUCAAAGCCUAACUCAAUGACACAUUUUAAGAUACUUAUGUCAUAGAUAGCUUCUAUAAUGAGUGUUGGUUUCCUACGUCUUUCCAGGCCAAAGAGCAAGGCAAAGCAGAAGCAGAUGACCUCAUGACCAAGAUGGAGAAGGUUGUUUAACGAUUUUUUAGAUUUUUGGGUGGACAAAGACAACAAAAGUGUGUCCAGAUCUGCAAACUCCAAAAUUGGCGAAGAAUAAAAAGCUUAAAUCUUGUUUUUUUUCAUGUCCUGAUAGUUGUGUCUUUCUCUUUUAGGCCAGCGCUGAGCAGCAGACAAAGAUCCAAGAUCUUCAAGAGAAGCUCGCUAAGGUUGGAUUUUUUCACAGGGAGAAUUUAAUGAAUUAUUUAUCAGCUUUUGCUCCUGAUGCAAGAGAUUUAACAGCUUCUGACAUUCUCAGAUGAUUGUAUAAACACCGUCUGCACCCUCUCUGACCUCGUCCUUUUUCUCUCUUUCUCGUUGUUCUUCUAAAACUUUGGUGUACAGUCAGAUUUGAUCUCUGGCCCCGAGAACAAUUAGGCUGUCUUUUUGAUUUUAGGUUUCUGGUUAAUUUACAGCAAUCAAACAGUUUUUGGCUUUUUAGAUUUUUACCUUUUCUGCUUUUUCUCAGAAAUGAGAAUUUACAUCCUGUUCAUCCUGCCAAAAGUACAUGAGGUUUUUAGUGCAGAUUUUUCAAAGCUGACCGAGCCCACACUGGGGACGGAUCUACUUCUGACUAGAUACAAGCUUAGUUAUAAAAAAAUCAUGUAGCCAAAGGACUUCAUAAAAAAUGUCCAUUAAUCAUUGAACAUAUAACUUGCCAAGACUAGAGUGUUGAAACUUGGUGCCAUCACUGACAGAGUCUUUUAUAUCACUGAGUUGCUUUAUAGAGAUCAAAUUUUUACUAAUGCCUUUAUUUUAACUCAGAUUAUACUUUCUGAUUGGUCUAAAAAGUCUGAUUGAAUGUAAGGAUUUGUGAUAAAAGUGGACAUCUUGGUGUAUUAUGUUUGUUGAUUGAUUAAUAACGUGUUCAACUCCAGUCAUUGAAGGCCAGUGCUGAUGCCACAGACCACCUUCAGAGUAUGAAAAUGGCCAAAGAGCGCUUGGAGAGAGAUCUAGAGAGGCUUCAGAAUAAAGAGGACUCGAGUGACAGUCUGCGUCGACGCCUACGGGAGACCGAGGUAUAUAUACGCUCACCUCUCUUAUCACUCACAAUCAGCGCGGCGUAUGUGCUCUCUGAUCCCACGCCUGUUUUUUCUUUUUUUGUUUGUUUGUUCUGUGUACUCGGUCAUUUGAGUCACAAAUCUUUGUUUUCAAAGAGCUUGAGAAUGAAUCUGUCAUGAGUGACAGCUGAGCACUAAAAGCCUUUCUGCUCCUCUGUGAACAUGUGUUACAUCUUCUUCUGAGGAGCACUUAUGGCCCGAUUAUGUAAGAGAUAAUAUACUGCAAGCCAGUGGUUACGCAAAGCAGAAUCCAAUUAAAUACACAAACAUAGUGACUCAAACUAUUGAUGUAGAGACAAUAUUUUAUAUCAUUGAAUUUCUUUUCAGGGAUCAAUGAAGUUCUUCUUUUUCUUUUUUUCUUUCUUUCUUUCUUUCUUUCUUUCUUUCUUUCUUUCUUUCUUUCUUUCUUUCUUUCUUAUCAAAAUGUAGUUGCUCUCAGUUUUGAUGGUCGGCUGCUCUUUAAUGGGUACAGCUUUCUCAUCAGUCUUAACAUUACACUGUUCCCUUUUAGCUGAAAAUCACAUUAAACUAAAUUUUAACUCACAUUAAACACUCAAGGUGAAUUUUUUUUCAUUCUUAACAGAUGCAGAAAAAUUCAGCAGUUUUCUUCAGUUUGGUUGAAGUCACUUUGGUGCUUAUGUGUCCUUGUGUCUCUUCUAGCUUCAGCACUGUUUCCCACUUUUCGUUUUCCUUUUUCCUGCUGAGUCAGCCAUGAGUCUCAAAUGUUUAUUUUUACUAUCAGUAGAGAAAUUACGUAACAGUUACAAUUUUUAUUUUUAGUUUAUAACUACACCUCAUACAGCCACCCGAGGUUCUUUUAAAGGCUCUCUAUGAAUUCUACUAUUAUUAUCAUUAGCAUUAUUAUCAGGAGUGGUAUUAGUCUUAGUAUUAGCAUUAAUCCAAUCCAAUCCAUUUUAUUUAUAUAACAUUAGUAUUAGAAUUAGUUAUAGUUAUAGUAAAAGUAUUAGUAUCAGUAUCAGUAUAAGUACGAGAAAAAAAAAAGUAUUAGUAUCAGUAUUAGUAUUAGUAAUAGUAUUGGUAAUAGUAACAGUAACAGUAUAAGUACCAGUAUCAGUAUCAGUACCAGUAUUGAUAUUAGUAUUUGUAAAAGUAAUAGUAUUAGUAUCAGUAUUAGUAUGAUUAUUAGUAUAAGUAAUAGUAAUAGUAUAAGUACCAGUAUCAGUAUUAGUACCAGUAUUAGUAUUAGUAUUUGUAUCAGUAUUAUCAUCCGUAUUGGUAUCGGUAUCAGUAUUAGUACCAGUAUUAGUAUUAGUUUUUGCAUAAGUAUUAGUAUAAGUAAUAGUAAUUGUAUAAGUAUCAGUAUCAGUAUCAGUAUUGGUAUAAGUAUUAGUAUUAGUAUUAGAUGUGCCAUAACUCCUUUACUUUAACAGAUUUAAAGUGUGCGAUCAGACUAAAUGACUGUUGCUAUGGAGUUUUGGCCAAUCAGAAACCGGUAUUUAACAGGAAGUCUUUAUAGUAAAUAACAGAUAGCUGUUCCUAUAUGGACUUUUUAGUACGUCACUCAAACAUAAAAAAGGGCUUCACAGUGAUUAAAGUUAUUCUGCUUUUAUGAGUGUGACAACAGAUUAUGAAUGAAUGACACUUUUUUCCCAGGGGUAAAUAGACUGAAAUUUGUAUUGAUGCAUUUUUAUGGUAUACAGGAGCAAACAAAAGCAUUAGCUGCAAGAGUAACUGCUCACUGAUGUCUUGUUAAAACAGAAUUUCCCAUUUUACAACAGACGUGCAAAAUUCGAUGAUUAGUUUCCCGUUAGUUUAGAAAAGUGAGUCAAAGGGAGGAGAUUCUAAAUUACACAUCUUUCAUCAGCCUCGAAGAUUUCUCACAAGGCUCACACAUGAAUGACUCUUUGGAGCCAUUGUGAGGAGCUCUGAAUAAUGAGGUGCUAACAUUAUAGAGGCGCAUCACUAACAAGCCAGCUGCAGCAAACUAUCUUCACUUCUUCCUUGAGGUGGAAAUAUGAAGUCUCAUCAGCAUUUCAAAGGAAAUGUGCCGUUAUGUUCAAAUAGCAGAGAGCACAAUUAUAAACUUUGGAUCAUUUGACCUGAGGUUGCAUUUAUAAAGCGGAGUCUAUGAGUCAGUCAACGGUUUUCUUUUCAAGCGCUGAUUUUGUCAUUGUGUGCAGGAUGGGAGGAAGACUCUGGAGAACCAGGUGAAAAGACUUGAGAUUGUGGAGCGCCGGGAGACCAAACUAAAGGAUGAGAUCCAGAGCAAAGGCCAACAGAUUCAGCAGAUGUCAGACAAGAUUCUGGUAAUUCAAAACUCACUGGAGCUGUGAGAUAAACAAAACUAGAUUUGAUAUUUUCUUAUUAAACUCCGCUUCAUGGUCGAGCACUUUCAUGUUUGAUUAAAACUCUUAUUUACAAAGAGCAUGAAGCCGCCCCGCGCAACAAAAAGUUCCUGUGAUAUUGUCUCAUUUUAAUCUCCUACACAGCCACGGUACACCCACACAAGUGCUCUCAAUUACUUUACCUAAUUAGUGUGGGUGUGGAUGGACUGUCUCUGGACAACAUGUUUCUCACUCUCCUGUUGGUUCGGUUACAUCUGUAAAGGUGGAACAAAAUGUUCAUUAAUUCAGAUCAUAACACUGAAUGUGUUUUUUUGUUGGUCUGCAUAGAGUCCAAUCACUCAAGCUUUUUUCAACCUGUGGAGGGUUUGAGGGGUUACGUAGUGAUUAAAGUGUUAGAGUUUUUGCUGUUUCAUUUAGAAAUACCUUUAAAGAGACUAUUCAUUAUGUCAGUCUGACAAAAAAAAAAACUUAUUUGGCUUAAACUUGUAACUGUGAGUAGAGAUGCACCGAUCCAUUUUUUUCCAAUCCAAUCCGAUACCUGGGCUAAGCGUAUCAGCCAAUAUCCGAUACACCUCCAUUAGACACCUCCUCUAGAGAUGAAUUUUGCCGACCGCUUGCCUCUCUAGUUAUACCAACAUUAGUAACGACCGCACGAUAGCAAUACACAGCAGUCUAAGGAGACAUAAACAAACGCCACUCUAUAGCCACAAAUAAUGCUCAGAACAGCACCUAACUUCAUCAACGGUACAUAUAGGGUCCCAGCCACAGUACUAGACACCAAACAUCUUUUUAGCUUUGCCUGAUUUCUUUUGUAAAGAGACUAAACACAACUCACCUACUCUCUUCCAGCAUCCGCUUGUUUGUAGCGAGACCUCAGGUCAGUCCAUUGGCACACAGCAAAAAGACUUCCAUGUAUUAAAGGAAAAAUAAUUAAAGAAAAAAAGACUGGAUCGGCAUCAUUCAUCAGAUAUCCAGUUAAUUUGUCAAUAUCGGCGCCAUUAUCUGAUCCCAUUCCUCAGCGUCUCCCUGAAAUACUUCAUUUUACCUGCUUUUCUACAGACAAAUAGCUACGGUGCUUUUCUACCAACUCCUACUCAGCUCUACUUGAGGUUUUUAAGGUUUUCCAUAUGAUGAUAGUACCUGGUACCAGGUACAUUUUUAGUACCUUAUCGGCCAGGGUUCAGAAAAUGUGAUGUCAACAAACUGCAGACCAUUGAUUGGCCAAGGAGUGACGUCAGUUUUCUUUCACAAGAAUCAAACCCACCCUUUCAUAAAACCUGGCAACAGCAACACGCAAACCAACACCACAGUCCAGAUGUUUCUGUCCUUGGUGACCGAGCAGCAGUUCUACCAUCCUUCACUGUUGAGGAGGUACGAGUAGAGUGGAGUCAAGUAGUGCUAAGACAUAGCUUGUGGGUGCUACUUUUCGCACAGUUUCUCAUUCAUGAAAUGCAAAAUCCAUGGCUGGAUUCCCUCCAUCCAGCCAUGAUAGCACUGUUCAUAAGUUGUUGUUAUGUUCCCCUCAGCUUGUAGUCCUGUGCGGAAGAUCCUUAUAGAUAGGACGGCUCCAUUCAACCAGCAAUAAGGCGUUAUAUAUUUGUGUUUAAAUCAGCAUAACAGGUCUCCUUUAAAUGCUAAAUAUGAGUUAUACUUUUAUCAUCAAAUGUCGUCUAUAACGUUUGUGUGUUUACCUGCAGGAGCUGGAGGAGAACCUCAGAGAGACCCAUGCAACAGCCCAGCGGUUGGAGACUCAUCUGAAGCAGAAGGAGAAGCUCUAUGAAGACAAAAUAAAGGUUGAUUUUAACACAACACAUAAACACUUGUAUGACUGCUGAGAUCAUUAGUGCUUCGUGGAUCUGCAGACAUAUGACUCCUGCUGUGUAAUUGUUAUGGGAAGCGCUCUAAGCUCUGUUUUCCUCUUUGAGUCGUAGGUGUACUUAAAGCAUGUGAGCUCUACAGUACGUCACCUUCACAUUCUCUGUCCUGUAAAGUGAUAUCCUGGUUAUGGUUCUGUGGGCUGCCUGGCAUUGAGCAGGUGUUGGAGGCCCAGAUGAAGGCAGACAUGGCUGAUAAGGAGAUGCUGGAGUCCAGUCAGAGCAAGUAUGAGGAGGAGGUGCGGGAGAAAUGCAGCAUCAUCAGCGAACAGAAGGCGGUAAGGGAUAACCGGCUUGGCAAUGACACUGUUCGAGAAGUAUUUCAACAUUUAUCACACUGACAUACUUUUGGUUGUUAUAGAGCAAAAAUAAUGAGCUGUAAUCUGGUCCCGUUUAAACGUGUUUGACUGAAUGUUCAAUCGACAUUGGUAUGGUUCUGUUCAGACCAUAAAUGCUAUGGACUCUAAGAUGAACAGCCUGGAGCAGAGAAUUUCUGAGCUGUCUGAGGCCAACAAACUGGCAGCCAACAGCAGUAUCUACACCCAAAAAAACAUGUAAGUACCAACGCCGAUAUAAUGAGCACCAGAGAAACUUUCAUGGAGUAGAAGUUCUUGAUUUGUGGAGUAAAGCCAAACCUUACUGUCACCUUAUGGAGCUUUUUUUGUGUAUAUGGCCCUGGCAGGAAAGCCCAGGAGGAGAUGAUCUCAGAGCUUCGCCAGCAGAAGUUCUACUUGGAGUCUCAGGCUGGGAAGUUGGAGGCCCAGAACGCCAAACUGGAGGAGCAUCUAGAGAAAAUGAGUCAGCAGGAGCAGAGCAGCAAGGGCCGUGUGGUCGAGUUGGAAACGAGGCUCCGAGAGGUGAGGAAGAAUUUAAGGAGCUUCCUGACGAACACAUUUGGAAACAGAUUUCCAACACAGAUUAAAAUGACAUUACUUUUUUCUGAGGACAGUGGAUAAUAUGACAAAUCUACACAAAUAAUUUGCUGGUCUAGAUUAGGGUGACCAUAUUCUGAAUCCCCGAAAAGAGAACACGACUAUGUGGGGGUGGAGUCACGUAGUCACAACAAGUUAAUUUUGAGAGUUUGUCAGGUUGGAUUAAGUGUCUUUUACGCGCUUCUAACUCAGCAAGUCAAUGUUACACAAACUCAAAACCUCCAAACAAAACCCUGGACAUUUGAAGGAUUUUAUAAACUUCCCCGGACAAAGCCAGAAAACCUGGACUCCCACCAAAAAAGAGGACAUGUCCGGGUAAAAGAGGACGUAUGGUCACCCUAGUCUAGAUCAUCCUUUGUCUACAAAGACCCAAUAUAAAGAUGGGAUCAGAUCGAGUCCCAUCCUGUGAGAUCAGACCCACUCCUAUCCCAUCUUCAACCUCAUCAGUAAAGCACUUUGCGGCAUUUAGCAAGUUACAGUAGAGAGGAGAAACUUCCUGUAACAGGCAGAAACCCUGAGCAGAACCAGACUCAUGUUGGAAAGUCAUCUGCUGAGAUUGCAUUAGGUCAAUCUACAACAUGAUGGAGCUCUGGGACUCCCAGAAAAGACUGAGUGUUAGUGACUCUAAUGGGACAUGAUGAUUCAAAGUUAAUAAUGUCAGAAUUAUAAUGUGCAAACAGGAGGUGCUGCAGACCCUUUUAAAUAACCAUCUACUAACCUGUUUCCACCUUUUAAUCAGGUUGUUUUGAAUGGCUGCACAGUGACUACAUGUUUCUGGUAGACGUGGAGCUUUUUAGGCAGACAGAGAAGCUUGAAUACACGGAGUAGUUUGAUUAGAGUAGAUUAGAAAUAGAGAGAGAGGAUGAAAGUACCUCAAACGAGCUGGAGAGAUGAAGCUCCUCUGUGUACACACAGAAGUGGAGACAAGAAACAAAAUCUUUAAUUCAACAUCAAGCCAGAUGAUCAGUGAAAUUUUAAAAACCACAACAGACUUCUUCCUGUUAACAAGAGCGAAAGAUUACUGGCUCAUAUCAAGAGCACAUCUGUGCCUCCCUGUAGCUCCUGUGUGUUUUUUUUGUGGUUGUUAUACUCUUUGCACUGUAGCCUAAGGCCUGUUCCCACUGGGGUAGAAUCAAGUACAUCUUAAUUUAUCUAAUUACCUUUUGAAAUGACUGUAUCCUCAUUGUUUUAUUUCAUUAUUCACUUCUUUGUGAUGCACUGGCAGUCGUCCUCUUUAACUCAAACUCUUCAUGUUUUAUUAUGUAAGUGUUUAAAGUCCCACUCCAAUCGUUCUUUUUACAAGUUGAAGUGUUCUCAGUGAUCUUUAAAUUGUGAUUAUGAAGUUUUUACCAAAAAUCAUGUUACCUGUGUCAUUUUUAAGGACUUUUCUUCUGCAGAGCUCCAGUAGCUCAUUAGCAAUUCACCUCUGAGUCGUGGGCGGAGACAGCGCUGCUCUGCACUCUCCUCUUCAUGCUAGCUUGCAGACUAACAUUGUCAGUGUAGUAGAAGUUGCAGGUUACAUAGAAGCUAUUCAGCUCUUGGACACCAAUGUCUUUAGGGACAUGAUGAAAGUUAAUAUCAUAAUUAGCUUUCUUACAGGCAUUGCAAUCCACUAACGCACACUCUUUUUCCACGAUCGUCCUAUUUCUGAGUCGGGGGGCGGAGCUUGGAGUGGUUAUGUAUGAAAUCUCACCAUUUCUGAACCUGCCGUUUGGGUCUGCCAGAGAUUCACAGUGAUUUGAAUGAAGAAACACUCAGAAAAGCAACUUUGCAUUUACUUUCUUCGUGACAUGUCGUGUAGCAUCAGAAAAAUGUCACAUGAACAUGUAAAAAACAAGAAAAACAUGAAUUUUAUCACAGUGGGUCUUUAAGUUUUUGCCUCUUGAGCUGUUUGGAAGUCAAUACAAGAUGCUGUUAAACCUUUAGACAACCCUGUGCAUAAAAAAUGAAUGCAAAAUCUAUGAAUAUUUCCUCACAGUUGAAAUGACGUUCACAUUUUCAUUGCUUUAUCUGGCGUACUCCACUGCACCUGAAUCUAACUAAAUCAUGACCCCUCAUUGAAACAGGGUCGGCAAAAACCAGUCCUCACACAGGUGCUAACUGGAAGCUUGAACGCUACAAAGAAAUGUUUUUGUGUUAUGCAAAACAGUCGUGAUCCAGAGGUUUGUAGUGAUUACAGCAGUGCAGGCCAUUUUUAACAGUGUGAAAUACUUCACAAAGGAAGCUUUAUGGGCUUUCUGUUUCCUCAUCUGAACUUCUUUUAAAUGUCUAGUUUUGAUCAACAACAUCAUCAACCUUGUGUGGGAUGUUUCUUCUUUAAGCUCCCUCGUGUUAACAGAGAUGUAACAGGAAAGAGCAGCACCAGGAAUCCAUGCUCGGCCCAUUGAGCUGAAGUGUCUGCUCCUCGGGGUGAAGCGCACUUGAACGGCCCCUCUUUGUCUCCCUCUGUAGAUUGGACUGGAGCACGAGGAGCAAAAGCUGGAGAUCAAGCGCCAGGUGACAGAGCUGACCCUUUCACUACAGGAGCGCGAAUCGCAGAUUACCAGCAUGCAGGCGGCUCGCCAUGCUCUGGAGGGCCAACUGCAGCAUGCCAAGACGGAGCUGGAGGAUACCACCGCCGAAGCCGAGGAAGAGAUCACUGUUCUUAGAGUGAGAGAAAGUAGACGAGUAAAGUGGAUCGUAUCUCCUUUAAUAUUAUAUGACUCAGACACUGAAAUCAUUUGUCCCUCUGUCUCGCUUGUCAUACCUGCUAGGCACACAGAGAUGAAAUCCAGCGCAAGUAUGACGCUCUGAGAGACAGCUGCGCGGUAAGCUCCUCGAUCUUUCCUGAAAGACACUGCACACUAAUGCCAUUAUCAUCAUCAUCAUCAUCAUCAUCAUCAUCAUCAUCAUCAUCAACAACAACAUCAUAACAAUUGACUAUGAGCCUUAAAGGGUUAAGUUACUGUAGAGUGGGGUUGUCUGAGUACUUUGUCUAGAAACCAGUUGGAUUUACCAGGUAGAUCAGCCAGCUUGAACAAACUCCAGCAUUGUUCUCAGUGUUAGGUACAUGCUCCAUCUGGAAAGCCUAACCCUAACCCUCAUCCAAACCCUAACCCUAUCUCUCACCCUAUACCUAAACCUAAACCUAACCCUAACCUUAACCCUCACCCUAUACCUAACCCUAACCCCUAACCCUUAACCCCUAACCCUAAUCAAAACAUUGUUCACUGUGUUGAGUACAUGCUCAAUCUGGGAACCCUAACUCUAACCCUAACCCUCACCCUAAACCUAACCCUAACCAUCCUCACUCUCACCCUAAACCUAACCCUAACCUUAACCCUCACCCUAAACCUAACCCUAACCCUCACUCUCACCCUAAACCUAACCCUAACCUUAACCCUCACCCUAACUCUAACCCUCACCCUCACCCUAAACCUAACCCUAACCCUCACCCUGACUCUAACCCUAACCCUAACCCUCAACCUAACCCUAACCCUAACCUACAGUAAACUGUCCAUCUAACUGUGGCGUCACUAAGACUGAAAAGUGGUCUACGUCAUGCCCAAAGUUGUUAUUUUUUCCUUUAAAAACAUAUUCUGUAAGAUCCAAAACUGUCCUGGUUUACAUAUCCCACUUCAAAAACACUGAACUAUCCCUUUAAGUAGACAUGUUUUUCAGUCCUGAUAGAAACUGUGAUAUUCUUAGUUUUAAAAAGUCGUUACUUUAAUUACAGUUGCUGCCAAUGGUCAGUGUCCACAACACGGUUUCCAGAGCCCAGCACGUUGUGUCUCUAAGCUCAGUUUAGAUCCCAGUGGCCAUCGUGCAGAAACCUCUCCAACUCUGUCAUCACACAGUUUUUCUCUUUUGGAACACAGCAAUUUUCUGACCAAAUAAGCUUGAGGGUUUAUAAUUCUACAGAGUUGAAUACAUUUUCUAUGAUACACGCGGGGAAACCAAUUAAUUCCCCCUUCUUACGCGGAGCCGCAUUACCACGACCCCAGAGCUUCUGAUAAUGAGGCAUCAUGCGAAGCCGGGCUGCUAAUGAUGUCUGGUGAAACUACCACUAAAGAGUACAGUUUCCUUAACAGAUGAAAGUAAAACUUCCAGUUUAUUAGCUGCAGUUUGCUAACAGCCAUUCACAUUUUACAGUGAUGCUUAGAAAACGAAAGAUAAAACUAACUCACCUUUAGAUCAAAUUCAAUUAAACUUUCCCGUAGCACAAACAUGUUGGAAUACUUUCACGUCUCUUCAUCCCUAAGCUGAUUUCUGCAUUAUUUCUUAUGACAUAUGUUGUAUUUUUCAUUAUUUUUAUUACUAUGGAGGCUUUAUGUUCAGCUUACCAUGAGACAAUGUCGUUGUAAUAUGGAUUUAGUUUCUGUGGUUUCAUAUACCUUGAGUAAAUACUAAGACUGCUUUGGUCUUCCUUCAUUUCAUUGCCCUACUUUUGAGAUACUCCCACUUGCAAACUGUUCAGGAAGCACUGGCCAUAGAUUCAGCUGGCUUCUGUUCAGUGAUUCUGCGACAAGCAGAGCUUGAAAUGUCAGAAUCGCUCUAUUUCUGCCUUACUAAGAAUAUAACGUCAGUCCAUCCAUUAGUCUGUCUCUUAAACAAUUUACACCGGAGCACAGCGGCCAGACAAAUGUUUAUAUCAUUCAUAGUCGUAUGGGUGCUUUGGUAGAUUUUUAACAGCAGGUUGGGUUCAGACCCAGUCAAGGCUUUUGACUGUAUUAUUUCCCAUAAUUCCCUCUUCUUCCCCUCUUUGCUGUCUUUGUUAACCUGCCACAGCUAAAUAAUGACAGAUAAAUCAGCCAUUUUCAUGUAAACAAUUGUAUAAAAUAUACAGAUAUAUGUGCGUAUACAUGCUCAUGUAUUUAUCCAUCAUCUAUCUGUUUAUCCGUGUGUUCUGCUGCUGUGUGGUAAACGUGUUUAUUUCAGUCAAGGAAAUUGUGGGACUGAUUUACUGCCUCUUCUGCUGGCUUAUUAUUAUCUUAACACCCACAGCCUUCAUAAAUAGUAUUGAGCAAUGUGCAUUUAGCAGCGCUGAGGACACAAGGCCCAGGAUUUGAUUUGCAUGAGGACUGCAUGUUGCUUUAUAGGCGUGGAUGACAGAUGAGUCAAGUAAAUAUAGAGGCUUGCCAGAUCACCACUGUACCCAUUCCUGAGUUGAUUUCCCCGCCCUGCCUUGAGUAUUUAGUCGCUGCUGUCAGUCCCCAGCCUGGGGGAAGCAGAAGCACUGAGUCAGUGCAGAACAGACAGCUAAUUUAUGUACUUAAAAGCUUUGCCGUUUUCCCAACCACUACUUGGAAAUUUUGCGUGGUGCACAUGAUCCCAGGAGAGCUCAAAACAGGCAGCCUGUAACCUCCACUCCCUGCACCGUGUGAGCACCGUAAUCUCCUCUGAUUAGGCGAACAGUGGUGUGUUGAUGACAUGAUUAGCUCGCUCCUUCAGAGUGAUACAAGUAGCCAUGCAACCAACAAAAUGAUUACUGCAUUAUAUCACUAACCUAGAUAACUGUAUCAUGUAAUAAUGCAGUGGCAGAAUUUAGACUGUGUGGGGUGUCAAGCCAAGUUUCCUGUGGAUGAGCAAUAACAUGCACAAUGCCAGCCUAUAUGGUGUAAUGGUAUUACUGUAAGCGAGAUAUUCACCAGCAUCCGCACUGUAAAACAAAUGUACAGAUUGUAUGAGUAUGAUGUACAAUGAGAGCAAUGGUAGUUUGUCAAACAUCCUUACAUGUAACAGGAUCAGCCGGGUCAGAGAUCAUGUAGUUUACAUAACAGUGCGGCGAGACGUGACCUCUUCAUACUUAUCACUCGAGUCAGACUGCAGCGAUUUAUUCAAGUGUUCUGCGGUAGACACGAAAAUGCUAAAUUGUCUUAUCAGUAGUCGUUUGUUUUCUGCAGGACGCCUGUCUGAUCUCGCAUCCUGAGUUUACUAUCUUCACUAUAUUUACUCACUUAUUCAAUGAUAAUAAUAAUGACUGUAUUUAUGUAGCACCUUUAAAAACAGAUGUUUUAACAGAAGAAGCAAACGAAGGCAGAAACAGGCAGAGGAAAAUUGACGGUUAAAUAAAUAGACGGUUAAAAAUGAUUGGUGGCUGGCGGCAUCACAUCAGGAUGGUGAAAAGGAAGAGGGUGGAUAGAGGACAAAUAAAAGAGGAAGAGAAGUAAAUACAUGGAUAUAAAAUAAGAUAAGAGUUACAAUAAAUAGUAAAUAAAUAAAUAAAAAAUAAUAAAAAGGUAGGGAGUAUAUUAAACAUAAGAAAAUUUAAAAAAGGACUAAAAAUAAAUAAAUAAAUAAAUAAUAAUUAAUAAUAAUAAUAAUAAUAAUAAUAAUAAUAAUGUGAAUAUGAAAAUAAUAUGAAUACUAUAAAUAACUGACAAGGUUAAACAAGAAGUAGCAGGCAAUAAAAUAAUAUAAAAUAAAAUAAAUAAAACAAAACAAACAAAGAAACAAAAAUAAAAUAAAAUAAAUAAAUAAAUCAUGCAUCAUGUAAAAGCAAGUUAAAAAAGUGAUUUUUACUCUCUGCUUACCUGCAGGUGAUCACUGAUCUCGAGGAGCAGCUGACCGCGCUGACUCAGGAGAACGCCGAGCUGAACCGCCAGAACUUCUACCUGUCCAAGCAGCUGGAUGAAGCCUCUGACGAGAGGGAGGACAGGCUGCAGCUCAGUCAGGAUGUAGACAGGCUGCGUCGGGAGGUGGCAGACCGUGAAAUGCACCUCAACAACCAGAAACAGGUGGGCUUUCUUGGCUGCCGGUCCACUCUGCUCUGGUUUUUUGAGUACGGGUGUUUGUGUUAAUGUUCUUUUCCAGCUGAUGUUGGAUUUCAUCAUCGGUAUGAAAGGUAAUUCUUAAUUAUGCGGUGUUGGAGCGAUGUAUUGAAUGAAAGGCUGGCACCGGUCUCCUCAGUCAUGAAAUGAAACAUCAAAUAUGAUGGACAGAAGACAAGGUGUUUUUUGUUUUUUUUACUUCAUUCCUGAUAUUAAUAGCUGUAAGGAUGCCCAUGCUCACUCAUUGCAGUAACAAUGAGUGUUACUUUAGCACUUAGCAAGUUACAGUGGAGAGGAGAGACUUUCCUCAACUUUUCUCAUUUUUUCCAGUUUUUCUUUAUCAUUAUUAUUAUUAUUAUUUUUUUUAUUUUACUUUAUUUUUGUGUUAUUAUUAUUUAAAUCUUUUACCUCUUUUACUUCUAUCUUAUUUCGACUUGCUGUCCUUUUAGCCUUUGUUAUACUUCCAAUCUUUUUGUAUUUAACCUUUUAGGCCUUUUAUUGGUUUUAUUGUUUUUUCUUGCUCAUUUAUUUUAUUCUAUUUUAUCAUCUUUUUAUAUUCACUAUCCUGUUUCCUGCUUUCAACCCCCCUUUUUUAUUACAUUUCUUUUUCUUACCUAUUUAAUGCGUUUAUUCUGGUCCUCGUGGUCUCAUUUUAUGUUGUCGGGUUCUUCUACUGUCUUGGUUUCUUAUGACAAAUGAAACUGGCCUUGAAUUCGGAGGUCUUGUCUUAACUGAGCUUUUGUUUUUUAUUUGUUUUUAUUAUUUCAUGUGCUGAUGUUCUGUGCUUUACAACUGUCUGUCAAUGUAAAAAUAAAGUUAUUAUUAUUAUUAUUAACAGGCAGAAACCUUGAGCAGAACCAGACUCAAGUGAGACAGUCAUCUGCUGCUGUUACAUUGCGUUUAGAGAGGGGAUAGAGGGAGAGAUGUAGACAAAGAGAGAUGGACAGAGGUGAGAUUGAUGCUUGUAGAUAAAGCAGGAAAGCAGGCGGGUCUACGGCUGACAUGGAAGGGUCUAACUUAGCGCUGGUGAAAGAUGAUUUCCACUUGAUAACCUCAGGGAUGCAUCGGCUCUGACUGCCCAUCAGUCUCCAUCUGGGGGACAUUAGGAAGCAUGUGUCUGGCUUUGUAAGUUAUCAGUAUGAGGGCAUGAUGGGAUGCUGUUAGUAACUGUUCUAUGUUGUGUGUAUAUAAGGGCUUAAACAGAGAAACUACACUCCUCUGUUUAAUCUGGAACAACAGUGUAUUAAUCAAUUAGUAAAAUACACAAACAAGCAAACGUCUGACUUUGAUGGAGUCACUCACAGUUGUUUCGAAUGAGCCAUCUUGUUCCCACAUACGUCGAGCAUUUUCUAUCGUUUCUGCAUCAAGCUGUCACAAAUAGAAGCUGUCAUAAGUUGACAACGCGGACUAAAACAACACCAGUUUCUUAGACAGCUUUAUUCAUUCCUUUAGUUCAACUUCCCUCCCCCUGCCCAGCUCCCACUCAGUCAGACACCAGAUUCUCACUUAGUCACAUUAUGUGAUAUCUCCACACUACCUUUGACAAAUGACCUAGACAUCUCUCCCCGCUCUGACAGUGUUAAGUGUAAAUCAGGCAGGAGAAACCCUGGGAAUAUGUCAGUAUUGUUAUGUGCUGCAUUCUGGAUGCAGUAAGAGUGAGAGAGCGCGAGCGAGGAGGCUGUGUGAUGUGUGCGCGGCCCCUGUGGGAGGAUUUCUGUGUGGGUGUGCAGUAGCGCUCUCGGUCCUGCUGGUUGUGUAACCAGCGAUGGAAGUCAUAGACGAGGGAUGGGGUGGUGUGUGGGCGGGAUGUGUCAUCCCCAUCACUCCCAGGUCGAGUCAGCUGUGGAAGUGUUGGACUUCAGAGGGCCGUGGUGUUGCUGCAGCACCAGAACCGGCUAUAUUUGUCUCCCAACGCUUUGUCUAAAGCAACACUUAAAACACAGCGGUUUGUGUAGAUCCUCUGAGCACAAACAUGUCAUUUAAUGUUCCCUCUAUAGCCCUCGUCUGUGAUGGUAUCUAUUUCUGGUUUGCUGCAGUUUCAUGGCUUAUUAGACUUCACAUGUGAUUUAUAAAAAGUACAUACUCCUCUCCAGAUAGCCUCAGCUCAGCCCAGGUGUCUGCAUAACUGCCCCAGGUUCUGGUGGGAGGAGUGGACAUCUUGUGGUUUCGUAACAUUUCUUUCCGCUUGAAACACUUUUGUUUACCACUUAAAAGACUAGAGUUUAACCCUUUAAAGACUGCUAUUUUAAAAUUAGUAUGAGAUUUAUUUUUGAGUUGUUGUACUGAUCUGUAACAGAACCUUGAGACGCUGAAGACUACAUGUACGAUGCUGGAGGAGCAGGUUCUGGAGCUUGAGACCCUUAAUGACGAGUUGCUGGAGAAGGAAAGACAGUGGGAGGCCUGGAGGUCGACACUCGAAGACGAGAAGAACCAGGCUGAGCGGAGGACCAGGGAGAUCCAGAGACUGCUGGAUACAGAGAAACAAAACAGGUGACAAUCUCAACCGCAGAUACAGAAACACUUUCACAGCGUGGAAACAAAUCAACAAAAUUAAACCUUAAUGAUCAUGCAAAGUUUGUACUUGGAUUUUGUGUUCAGUUAGAUAUGUGGUUUUCCUGUUUCUAGCGGUCGCUGGAUAACCUGCACGAUGCGUCGAUAAUUAAAAGAACAACAGCUGCACCUCUCAUAGUGUUUUCAAGCAUGAAUGACACAGUUUAAACUAAGACUGCUGCAACAUGAAGGUAUUGGCGAUUUACGUCUUUUAGCUAUUUUCAGUCUGAGAACAUACUCCAAAAGGAAGUAAAAGUUUUUUUUUUUUACAGUAUAGGAAAUACUACAAAAGAAGAUUAGCGCCACAAGAGGAGAAAAAAGAAUUGCAGGAGGGAGAUUCUUUUAAUUUCCAUUUCGAGAUUAAAGUUGAAAUUUCUGGAUGGAAGUCAAAAAUUAAAAAAAAUCAAAAUUUCGACUUUAUUCAUGACUUUAACUGUCGACUUCAAUCUCGAAAUUUUGACUUUAAUCUCAAAAUCUUUUUUUUCAAUCUCAAAAUUUUGACAUUCACGAUAUUUUGACAUUUCAUAUUCUUGAAAUUUCAGCUUUAAUAUCAAAAUUUCAAUUUUUCAUCCUGAAAUUUCGCCUUUAUUGACAUAAUUUUGAUCUUUUUAAUGAUGAAAUUUUGCAUUUAAUCUUAAAAUUUCGACUUUAAUCUCCUUCCUGUAAUUAUUUUUUUCUCUUCAUGUGGCCCUAAUCUUCUUUCGUAAAAUACAGUUACCUUAACAAAAGGCAGUAAAAAUGCUGCAGUGACACCAUCAAAAACAGUUGUUUUAUGAGAUAAUGUUUUCUUUAAAGUUGAGUCUAAACUGGCUUGUUUGCACCAACCUUUUACCAGAGGUUGUGGCUACUGAGCCGAAACUUCGAGCAGAACCAGACUCUUCUAAGACAGCCAUCUGCCGCUACUGUAUUUUCGUUUAGAGAUAGACGGAGAUGCAGAAAGAGAGAGACGGACAUAGGUGAGAUUGAUGCUUGUAGUUGAAACAGCUGGAAAGCAGGCAGGUCUGCAGCAGCGAUCCAGAGGAAACUACAUCAUGAUGGAGUUCAGGGACUCUCAGAAAAAACUGUGUGUUAGUGACUCUAAUGGGACAUGAUGAUUCAGAGUUAAUGACACAGACAGAGAGAGAGGAUAGAGAAGGAGAGGAAGAUGCUUAAUGUGCCUGUUAACCCCGGCAGUCUAAACCUUUAGCAGCAGAACUAAGCGCUGGUCCAGACCUGACUAUGAUACUCCUACUUACAAAUACUAAAUCUGAUGUACCUGAGAAGUCCACUUACUGUCUGUUCUGUGGUGCUGGAUUGUGACUCCCAUGGACGCAGACUGGCUCUAUGUAAUCAGAUAUAAAAGUCUCAUUCUUCGUCAAAAACCACAGCUAUAAUAUUUUGUCUUCAUCAGGUCUCUUCUGGUUUAUUUUUAAGAGUUUGCUUUAACUGGCUGGAAAGAAAUCUUUAUCUGCUCCGAGUGUUGCAGUCCGCGUUGGAUCAGGUCUUUCUACACCUACACUAGCUGAAUGCAACAGGUCUAGGAAUAUUCUCUAGGGUUUGUCAUAAGGUAUUCUGGGAAAUAUAUGAUUUUAUUUGGGGUUGAUGUAGGCAGAGCAGGUGAUAAACUCUAAGUAUAAGAAAAAACAUAUUAAAACACAGAGACAGUCUCAAAACAAAACUUUAACCUCGAGUUACCCCUUUAAACGAACUGUAGACGGACCCCUGAUGGAGAAAAUUGAAGAGAUUGAUUACUGACUUACUGACUACUGAUAACUGACAUGGUGGGGAAUUUACAUACUUAAAAACAUCUCAUGUUAAUAAUUGUUUUUAUGCGCUACAGGCUACGAUCGGAGCAGCGCUGCUCAGAGUCUCGCCAGGCCGUUGAACAGGCCGUCAAGGAGCACAAAGCCGAGAUUCUCGCUCUACAACAAGCCCUCAAAGACCAAAAACUCAAAGCUGAAAGUCUGGCUGACACUGUAAGGAUUUCCACUCUGCUUAAUAAGUGUUUGUUUUCUUUUAACUAUUUUUGGUUGGCAGAUGUUUCUGGAAACUCGUCUUGCUCUCUGUCCUCAGCUGAAUGAUCUGGAGAAAAAGCACGCCAUGCUGGAGAUGAACGCUCGCAGUUUGCAGCAAAAACUGGAGAGCGAGAGAGAUUUGAAGCAGAGGCUGUUAGAGGAGGUACAUGCAAUAUUUCACACUUUGUUUCCUUAAAUUAAAAUUGAGUUGCACUGAAAAAAUUUGCAUGCAUUCAUUUACAUCUAAGAUGCAAAACUAUUGAAGUAGAGAUUCUGUAUUUGUAAUCUGUUAAAUAAUGCCACCGUUGGAAGAAAUCAGGAGCCUCCAUGUGUGGGGAUGUAAACAGCUGUUUACCUUUGCAGCAAGAGAAACUGCAGCAACAGAUGGACGCCCAGAAGACCCACAUCUUCCGCCUGACACAGGGGCUGCAAGAUGCUCUCGAUCAGACCGACAUACUGAAGACCGAACGGACCGACCUGGAAUUCCAGCUGGAGAACAUCCAGGUGCUGCUACACACACGCAUGAUUUUAGUUUGCAUCAGUAAACACAGACACAGACAGAGAAAAGUAUCCCGGUCAGUUCAAGCACAUAGAGAACACGGUCAACUGCUGGGCUGGGGGUCAAUCCAUCUGUCAUCUGCAGUCCUUGUUUCUCCCCCUCUGUUCGGUCACUUUGUUCCUCUGGGGAAGAUAAGGAUGGAUGCGUUUUGCCCCCCCGUACAUUGUUUAUUCUACCCCCACAGCAUACCUCCCCCUUCUCUCUGUCUCUCUGUCACCCUCUGUGUGUGAAGUGAAGUACUUGAGGAGAAAUUCAUGGCAGUAGUGAUGUUCACUUAGCUCCACCUGCAGGCUGUGUACUCUCAUGAGAAGGUGAAAAUGGAAGGGACCAUCACCCAGCAGACCAAGCUCAUAGAUUUCCUUCAGGCCCAGGCUCACGGUGGCUCCAAGAAGAAAAAGGUCAGACUACAGAUAUACUACUUAUAUAUUCAAUUUCUUUUCUUUAGUAGAAAUUUGAACAGAAAUGUACAGACUUUGGCAUUAGACAAGUGUAAAACUGCAAAAACAAACCUUGAGUUUAGCUAAAUUAUUGCAUGUCUUGAUGCGUCCCUGAUCAAAAGGAGCAAAUAAAUGUUCAGAGUGAUUAACUGGAUGUUUUAAAAAUGUGUUCAAGUAAGAAAAAGUUUAAAUUUUUUAAUGAAAGUGAACUAACUGUCGACUGCCGUGUCUUAGGGCCUGUUCGGGCGACGUCGAGAGGAUCUCUUGGCCGCCAUGGCUGCUCAGGCCCAGGCUCAAGGUCAGGGUCAGGGCCCGGUUUCUCCUGUGCCCCCGAUCCAGCCGGUGCCGCUGCAGUACAGCGACAUGAAAGCAGCUCUGGAUAAAGAACGAGCUCGCUGCUCUGAGCUGGAAGAUGCUCUCCAGAAGAUGAGAGCAGAGCUGCGAUCUCUGAGAGAGGAGGGUAAGUUGACUCCGUUUAGCCGUGCAAAUACAUCCCUGUAUGCUUCAGUCAUAUUGGGGGUGUCCCGAUAAAAUAUUGAUAUCGGUCCAAUAUCAGAAAAAAAAAUCAAAUAUCAGAAAAUAUAUUGACCUGCAUCUAAAAUCUCCGAUACAAGCAGUCCAUUUCAGACUCCGCUCCAGCACCUCUAUCUAGCAGCGCCCUGAUCCAGUAAGCUGAGCCCACAAAAUCACAACAACAGUGUGUACUAAGGUACUAACAAAGUAGCAAGGAGUAGGAGUGAUGUCGGCCUUGUGGCAGUAUUUUUUGUUUAAGUAUGAAAAAGAUAUUGCAGCUGAGUGAAAAACUUGUCAUGCACAAUUUUGGCUACAAAAUCAGUAUUGUAUCAGAAGUCAAAAAGUUGUAUCAGGACACCCUCUUAUUUAGGACCACUAACUUUUACUAUAAUAAAUGGACAUUUUUGUAAAAACAGGUAAAUUAAUCACCUUUUUAAUCACCACACCAGCCCUCCAGUAUAAGGAUAUCACUAACUCUACCAACCCGGCCUCAGCGCGACAGCAGAUGGUUAUGUCUGCCAUGGUCAAGUCUCCUGAGCACCAGCAAGGCCCAACCAGUCUGGCGCCCUCCAACUCUGGACGGAGGAAGGAGACCGCGACCCCUGAGGGUGAGUGAGGCGCUCAUGUGGAUUGUUCUUUUGAACAGAGAUCUACUGUAUGUGGAGGUCAGCAGCUUUAUAACAUGGCCCUCACCUGCACACACAUUGAAACACAUAUUCAAUAUUACUGGUAAAGGAUCAUUUAUGAAGCUCUCACUAUCCUUUUUCUUUCACACAACUUUCAGAGAGAAGGAGAGUCACUUUUGAAAGUAAGUUGUCCAAACUCAUGGUUUCUGCAGUUUGGUCUAUUAUCUCUCUUCUUUUUUGCCUCAUCCACAUCCUUAAAGGCCAGAUUUUAAAAGCUCUGCACUUAAAACAAACAUGAGAUCCCACCAGGCUGGUCAGGUGAGGCUGAGAAACAAUCACGCUAAUUUUCCCCUCAUUAGUGCACAGCUUUAGAAAUCUGAAGCAUUUUAUCUUGGUUGCUGAAGCUUAGCCUCUGCUCUACAACUCACUUAGGUAACCCACCCUGACGUCUAAUCAUGCACUAACCCACAUGUACUGUUUGAUAAACUCUGAGCUACAAACACCCAGUCCAGUGAAGCGGGGACGUUGUGUAAAAUGUGAAUAAAUACAGAAUACAGUGAUCUGUAAAUCCUUUAUUUUAUUAAAUACAAGAGAUUUAAUAAUGUUCAAACUGAUCACUGUGCUCUGUUUUUAUUCACGCUUUACACAACGUCCCAACUUCUUUGGAGUUGGGGUUUGUGCAUAACCACUGUUUGAACCCAAACCCUGAAAAAAAGGUAUUAUCCAGUCAUCAUACGAACAACCAAGGUUACAAAAAUUAUUCUCAGUUUAAUUUGGAUUAUUUACCACCAGAAAUGUGGGGAGAUCGAGUUAUGAGAAAAAUUCAGUAGAAAGAUUACUGACAUGUAUAUGAAAUGUAAAUAAAGCGAAAAACAACAGAUUGAAGUGGGAGAAUACAGCACAUGAAGUAAACAAAGUGUAUAUAACAGGAGAGAAAACCUGCAGAAAAUCAACUAAUUAUAAUUAACUAAACAAAAAUGAAUUAGUUCAAUCAAAACAUGCAAAAGUAGUUAUGAGAUUUAAGACGAGUGUUUCUGAAUAUUUACACCAGGGCUGUCCAAACUUUGUUCAAAGAUGAUAAUGUUUGUUGUUAUGAAAAUGCCAGCGCCCCCUACUGCUCUUUUUAUGAUGAUUUGGGCAACAUAAAAAAAAUAUGUCUCCGUUUUUUUCUUUUGUUUGUUUUUUUUUUUUUUUUUUUUGUGCCAGAAACAUAUCAUGGAUUUCAUCUGAAUUCCUUCCAUGUUGUUUAUAUUUUUUAUAUUUUUCUUAUUUUUUAUUUUUAGUGAUAUGGACCAUCCUGUAGGUGGGACUGAAAUAAAUUUGAAUAAUAAUAAGCCUUUUUUUUGACUAGUAAACAUCAUUAUAGCAGCUACUUUUUCUUUACCUGAAUUCUGAACAAUUGUUUGCACCAAUUUUUGCCUCUUCUGCUUCAUUUAAUUUAUUCUUUUUUCCUCAUUUUGUUUUAUUUUUAUUGAACUUUUAGUGUCCAUGAUGCACUCCUUACUCCUCAUUAAAACACUAAUUUGAAGAUGUGUGAGUUUUCAUGUCACCAUCAGAUUUUAGUCCUGCAGUAUUCACAGAGUUUUGGCCUGUUUAAAAUCCAAGAUAAUGAUAAUUUAGGUUAAUUCAGAUGCAUUUCUCUGCCAUAGAUAAUGGGCCCUAUAAAAAUUGACCUUUGGCUAUGCCUGUUGUACACACUUUCUUGCAUCAACAUUAACAAGUCCUUGUGCAAUGGAAAACCUUGGAGUAUACAGACUUAAAAAGGAGAAAAAUUGACUUUAUGAGAUUCUCGAUGCUGACUGGAUAAGGCCUUGUAAAGCCUUGGGACAGUGAGUGGGCACGAGUAAAAGGACUGAUCAAAUCUCAAUAUUCUGUUUAAGCAUCUGUCUUCAGAGUUUACUUGCUUAUGCAUUUUGCUUAACAUCUUACAGUCUUUUGGAAACCCUCUUUUGUUGAACUGAUUUCAUAGCGGGUAUGGCAUGGUGCACUGAGGUUUUGAAGUGAUGGAUGCACCUGACACAGUAAGGCAUACCGGAGCUGCCUGCCCCUCACUGUGUUCCCCUGACUGUAUUCAGAGUAUAGCCGUCGUCUGAAGGACAGUCAGAGAGACAGAGAGAGGGAGAGAGAGAGGGUGGUGCACCACAACACCGCUCACCGCUUCACAGUGGGACUCAACAUGAGAGCUGCCAAGUGUACCGUGUGCCUGGAUACGGUGCACUUUGGUCGCCAAGCUGCUACCUGUCUUGGUAAGUUACAGAUGUGUCUGAGAGGGCAGCUCCAAAUGAUCCCCAUUAACUUAACUGAAUUUAUUUAUAUACAAUUUUCGUUUGAUAGGUUACAGAUUUCAUAAAGAAAUCAAAUUCAGGCCACCUAAUUACAUCUUUAUGGUUUAUGAAAACAAAAACAGUUUAAACUAGUCAUUUGUUUUUAUCCAUAAAGAAACUUUUUUCAUGAUGUCAUCUGUUUUUUCAAACCCCCUUUUGUAGACCACUGGAUGCAGCAACCAUGGUUUACAAAAACAGGGUCAAACUUUUUUUAGUUUUACACGUUUCUCACAGUUUGCCUACAAAAUAAAGAACCUCCUCUGAUUUAUACUUGCCUGGGUCUCCGCCCCUGUGAAAGCUUUGUCUAUACUUAUAUUUAUCAUACUAUACUAUAAUAUUUUUAACAAACUUAACUUUGAUUGUUUUAACAUACUUUAUAUGACAUUUAUAUCAUACUAUACUAUGUUUUUAUUUAUAUACUACACUUUAAUAUUUCGAUCAUACUGUACUAUGACAUUUUUCAUCAUACUAUACAAUGAUUUUUUUUAACAUACCAUAUUAUGAUAUAUUAUUGUUCAAUAAAAUGAUAUUUUUAUCAUUUUAUAGUAGGACGUUUUUAUUAUACUAUACUAUAACAUUUUUAUUGUACACUAUUUGAUAUUCUUUACAAACUAUACAAUGACAUUUUUUUUCAUACUUUGACAUUUCUUUUAUAAUUAUACUAAUAUACUAUAGUAUUAUUCUUAUACUAAAUACUAUACUAUUAUUUCUUUAACAUACUAUACUAGCAAAUUUAUAAUAAUAUUUUCAACAUUCUCUUCAGAAUGUCACGCUUUGUGCCACCCAAAGUGCUCCCCCUGCCUUCCAGCCACGUGUGGCAUGUCCAGCGACUGCUCCCUGCACCUGUCUGACGGCGGCCUGUGUCGGGAUAAAGGCAGCUCCCCGGCCCCUCAGCACAAAGAGGCCAGUGGCCACAUGCACCUGGAGGGCUGGAUGAAGCAGCCCAGGUCAGUUCAGCAUAAAUUAUACAGUGAUAUUGUGGGAUCUUUUUAAUCACAUGAGUUUGAGGGGUGGAGCAAAUGCAGGGGUGCAAAUUAUCAUCUUGUACUCUAUGAUAGUCUCCUUAUCUGGAACUCUAAACUAGUGAAUUCGACUAGUCUCCUACAGUAGACCUGCUGAAUCUGCGCCAUUACCUUUGCUCUUGCUUUGUGUGUUUGUAGGAAUGGGAAGCGAGGCCAAGGCUGGGAGAGAAAAUAUGUGGUCCUGGAUGGGACUAAAGUGUCCAUCUACGAGAUCGAGCCCAGAGAAGGUAGUCUCUCUUUGUCUAACUUGGUCCCACUCGAGUAAAACUCCCUCUACUCCUAACCAAAGGUGUUUUCUUUUCCGUUUGUACUUUUUAGAUUCAGUGAAACCGCUGGAGGAGUUUGACCUGUGCUUGUUAGAUGGAGAGGUGCUUGUUCAUGGAGCUGUGGGGGCCUCUGAGCUACCCAACACUGCCAAGUCAGGUACAAGGACUGUCCUCAUAGUAUUGGUUUUAAACUAUAUCCCUCUAAGUGUAUUUUUACAGGCGCCAUGGAAAAAAUGAUCAAAAUAAGAGCGAGCAUCUCUCUCCUCUCUCUGUGUGCCAGAUGUCCCCUAUGUCCUCAAGCUUGAGUCCCGGUGUCACACCCCCUGUUGGCCGGGACAGGCGAUCUACUUCAUGGCCCCCAGCUUCCCAGACAAACAGCGCUGGGUGGCUGUCAUGGAGUCUGUAGUUGCUGCCGGGCGAGCCUCACGGGAGAAAGCCGAGGCUGACGCAGUGAGUAUUUCUGUGCAAGGAGAGGAGGGGGGAAAGUGGGGCCUGUGGCUGUCAGUGUCUGCUGCCUGUGAUGACCAGAGUCAAAAAUAACAGACUUAUCUUUGACUGUGGUCGUAUACUUGCUCUUGUUGGGGGCUAUUCAUAAGUGGGAAAUACAUUUAUUGAGGAUUUAACAUUAAGGUUGAAAUUUUGGAGUUUUAAUGGAUAACCCCCAGUUCACAUAUAUGUGUCAUUAAUUGUCCCCUUCUCCUUUCUUCUUCUCUUUCCCUUCUUCUCUCUUUCUCUCUCUGUCUUUCUUUCUCACCGCUCUUUGUUGCUUUUUCAUCCCGUCACAUUGUAUGUCCGGUAUAUGGGCAUGUUUUGUUAAUUCGCCCUAUUCUGCUCAUCCCAUGGGGUGUCAUUGCACACAUAGGCUGCUGUGUCCAAAAGACAAAUGGUUCUGUCUCCUCUGGUCCAGGUAAACACUGACAAAGACAAAGACAUGUAGACUUACUAACACACACAUUCACUCACACUCCUGCGUAUCCUACAUGAGGCACGCUGUUGUGCAUGAGUCUGUCUUUGUGUUGUUGGGUCAUCCUCCCCUCUGCUCUCGCUCCACCUCCUGUGGCCCGUCCUCCCUCUGAACUGUCCUCUGCUUCAGUGUCACAUCCUGUUUGUUUUCUUACAGACUGAAUGUCCCGUUUUUUAACCACAGCACACGACUUCUUCUAAUCACGAUGUUUGAUCAUCUCUGUGCUGAUCCUCCUCAGCAGUCCUGUCUGGAGGAGGACAGAUCAGUCAGUGGGUUUUGACCUGAUAGUGUCCUUGUCUGUUCUGACCCUGCUGUCCACUGCACUCUCUUUAGAGUAGAGACUGGGACUGAAGUCAUUUGAUUCAUCUGAAAGAGAUAAAAUAUCACAAACUCUGCGACAUAAACUCAACUUUACAAUUAAAAUUUAUUCUUGAUAAUGUUCUGAAACUUCUACUCAAUUCACUUUGUUUACUGACUCAUAAAAUAGAAUAAAUUUGACAAAACAAAAUAUUAUUAUUUUUUUGCUGGUGGCCAGUUUGCCGUUAUUUUAAGCUGCAUUUUUCAUAGAAUACACAGCAGCAAUAAUUCCAGUUAAUGUGGGACAUUGCAUAAAACAUGAAUAAAAGCAUAAUACAAUUAUUUAUUUAAUAAAAUAUAAUACAAAGAAGAGACAUCUAAUGUUCUAACUGAUAUUGAAUUUGUUUGUUUGUUUGUUUGUUUGUUUGUUUGUUUGUUUGUUUGAUUGAUUAUUUUGAACAGAUGUUUUUUUUAAAUAAUUGAAAAGUAAAGAAAACAACAACAAGUGAUAGGUUAUUCAAAUGAUCCAAAUGCAAAUAAAAGUCAUCCAUGUUCAAAAAGGAGUCGAAACUUAUCUAGUCCCACCCCUUUUCAUAUAUAUAUAUAUAUAUAUAUAUAUAUACAUUUAUAUAUGAUGCAGUCCCGGCUUCUUAGAAACAUAUUACAGUGAGUAAAUUUUUACAAAAACACAAUCAAGUUUAUCAGUUUGAACAUUAAUUGUCUUGUCUUUGCAGAGUAUUGAGUUGGAUACAGGUGAAAACGGAUUUCAAAAUCACUGUAUUCUUUUUUUAUCCACAUUUUACACAACAUCUCAACCUCAUUGGAUUUAUGGUUUCAGGAUGUUGGUCCUUCCGUGUCUUAAUGUGACCGAUUUUUCUGAGUGUCUUUGUGAUUUUCCAGUUGUUACUGCAUCGACUCCCACAUACUGCAUGUAUAAGUAAUCUGCGGCUUUGGUUUAAAAUACCAGUUAUAUAAUAACCCACUGGUUGCUGUUUCAGCUGUUUGGUGAAGAUCAUUGUUUAUCGAAACGGUAUUUGAUUGAUUUUACUCUCAGGAGUAAAUUAAGCCCAAAAUCACCUGUGGCAGGAAUUAGCAGUGAGGAACGUGACUUUGUUAAUUAGUGGACUUUUUUUUUUAUUUAGCAUAAGUCCAAGUCCAGAUUUAAAACUUUAAAACUUAUUGAUUCAAAACCUUUUGACGUGCUGGUGUGUCAUUUUAAUUGUCCUGUAAGGUGACCUUGAGUGGCCUGAAAGACACCUAUAAAUAAAAUGUCAUUAUUAUUAUUACUAUUAUUAUUAUUUUCAUUAUUAUUAUCCACAUGGUUCAGUUUCAGAGGGUAAGCUUAGAAAUUGAGAAUGAAUCCCUCUGAAUUAUAUCACAUUUCACAGGUGCAUCUCAUCAAAUUAGACUGUCAUGAAAAAGUUUGAUAUUUUUUAAUCACUUAUUUUGGGGAAAAAAUACGACGGUUAAACUAGAAUAAAUACUGUGAAUUUGUUGUUAUAUUUCUGUUCACACAACCACAGUCAUGGGGAAAACUGCUGCCUUGACAGUCGUCAAAAAGACGAUAAUUAACACUCUUCAUAUGGAGGGUAAAACAGGAUGUGACUGUUAGCAGAGCGCUGUGUGAAAGCAUAUUAUUAGAAAGUAAGACGCACGAGCGCCAGGGAUGACCACAGCCUGGAGAGGACUGUCAAGACGGGUCAAAUCAAGAACUUGAAGAACUCCACGAGGAGCGAACCGAGGCUGGUGUCAGUGCGACAAGAGUCACCUCACACAGAAGUCUUCAGGGGAGGAGACUACAAUCUGCAUUCUUAAAGUCAAACCUCUCCUGAAUCAGAGACAACAAUAAAAGACUCAAACCUGGACUGAAGAGGAAUAGAGCUGGACUGUCUUCUCACUGGGUUUUAAUGAGUCCAGAGUUAAAGUCUAAUUUAGAGAAGCUUACGGAGGUGCAGAUAUCCUUUUAGAGCAGGACUUUGCACCUGCUCACGGCGCCAAAACUCCCACCAAACAGUUUGCUGGCCUGAACCUCACAGAGAAUCUAAUCUAAUUUGUUGAGAUGCACUUUUAUAUUUCAUGAACUUUUUGUGUCAGAAUAAAUUGUUGGACGUGGUAUAAAAGAAAAACUCAGACCACUUUGGAUUAUACUGCUUAAUUAAACGAACAGGAAACACUUUUAUCACCUGUUGUUAUUAUUUAUAUCCAUAGGUGCAUUAGCCAGGAGUUUGAUUUAUAUAAUCAAUUAAGGAAAGGGUUCCUGAAACUGGAGAUGGACACGUGACUUAGUCCCACCUCUGCACACAGUCUCCUUUUAGCCGACUGGCCCUCUCUAUCCCUCUCCUCCUCCUCCUCCUCCUCCUCCUCCUGCUGCCUGCCCCUUAGGUCCUGCUCAGGUUGUGACCCACCUGAUCCUUCAACUGUCUCUGCUCUUACAGAAGCUGCUGGGGAACUCUCUGCUGAAGCUGGAGGGAGACGAUAGACUGGAUAUUAACUGCACCCUCCCCCUCACAGACCAGGUACUUAAUGCCAUGAAAGUGAAUUAAUUCAUUUUAGAUCAUGGGACAAGGAAGUGAUCUGCCUACCGUGGCAAUAAUGUUCAUUUCUGUGUUUUCUUGCUGUGUUUUCAGAUUGUUCUGGUUGGUUCUGAGGAGGGUCUUUACGCCCUGAAUGUUAUCAAGAACUCUCUCACCCACAUCCCGGGUCUGGGAUCAGUUUUUCAGAUCCACGUCAUCAAAGAGCAGGAGAAGCUGCUGAUGAUAGUCGGUGAGGAGUUUGGAUACCUGAGAGUUUCACUUGAAGUUCAUUAAAGCGAGUAAAUAUCAUUCAUGAAAAUACUGACAAUGACAACAAUGAUGAGACUGUGUGUGUGUCUGUGUGUUUGUGUGUACUCUAGGAGACGAGAGGGCGUUGUGUCUGGUGGAGAUUAAAAGAGUCAAACAGUAUCUCGCUCAGUCCCACCUACCCAGCCAGUCUGAACUGGCCCCGUACAUCUUUGAGACCGUGAAGGGUUGUCAUCUGUUCUCUGCAGGAAGAGUAGGUCUUCCUCUCCUUCAAAAUUUAACAUGCUCCCUUUAACGACUCAUAGAUAUCAGAAACUGUAAUUAUACACUGAAACAGACGAUAUCCUGCUUUACAGAUAGAUAAUGGGCCGUGUAUAUGCGCUGCAAUGCCGAACAAGAUAACCAUCCUGCGCUACAAUGAUAAUCUCAACAAAUACUGCAUCCGCAAGGUGGGUGUGAAAACAUCAAAGAAAACAUUAUGUCUCUUGCACUACGAGAUUUACCGACACUGUCUCCAUUUUUCAUCCCUGUAGGAGAUCGAAACUCUUGAACCCUGCAGCUGCAUCCACCUGACCAGUUACAGCAUCAUCAUCGGCACCAACAAGUUCUACGAGAUUGAGAUGAAGCAGUUUGUGUUGGAGGGUGAGCUCCAAGGAAGAAUAUAUCAGCACGCUUCAGCAGCACUAAAAUUUUCGAUUUAAUUUUGACUUUCCACGUUUCUCAGAGUUCCUGGACAAGAACGACAUGUCUCUGGCCUCGGCGGUGUUUGCAGCCUCGUCCCACAGUUUCCCCAUUGCUAUCAUGCAGGUGACCAGCAGCAUGCAGAAGGAGGAAUACCUGCUGUGCUUUCAUGGUGCGUUUGAUUUACGGACAACAGGAACCGAUCAAGAGAAGUCCCUUAAACCAAACCGGGUGGUUUUGAUCAAAAAGCACCUGUUGUUUUCUGUCUUCAAUGUUUAUACAGCAGAAUAGUGUAUUUAUUUCUGUGUGGAAGCAUGUUUGAAGCUACAGUUGGAUAAAAUAUGAUCAGGCAGAGUAUAGGGCUGGGCGAUAAGGGAAAAAGUUUAUCAUGAUAUAUUUUUUUUCAUAUCAGUCGAUAUCGUAUAAAAAUAACUGGUCAAUCUUAACUGUUCCCAGUUACCUUUAAAUGAAAUUUUACAUGUACUCCACAUAAUUUGCAGUGCAAACUACUCUCCCACUGAGCAUUUUUUGGUCUAAAAGAGGUCUAAUAGACAUCUAUAUGUAGCCGAGACUACAUUUAGAUGUCUACCACAGGUGUAAAAAUGAAAUUUUUUUAGAUGUCUAAAUUUAGAGGAAGUUUAGACUAAAUCUAAAUCUGGGCUAUAUCUUUACUACACUGUAUAUUACUCAACAGCUAUCAUAAGUAUUUUGGUUAAGUACUUGGAGAUCAGUUGUGCAACUCACAGUUGCUUUUUAAAAUAAAUAGUUAUCGAAUGAUGGGUUAAAGUGCAACGUCUAUAUUCUGUCUAAAAAUAUACAAAAUCUAGACGGUUGAAAUAAGGUCUAGAAAAAAAACUAGACGUCUAAAAGCCGUCUGUUGCUCAGUGGGAUUCUUCAUGUCCAACCUCAAAAUACCAAAAUACCUCCACAUCACCAACGUUUUCAUGCCAGCGUUGUCGACGAUGUGCUCAUCUGUUGGGGGUAGCACUCAUUUUCUUUGUUUCUCACCAACAGUACUGUUCAAUUGGUUCAGCAUGGCAGCAACUCCUCUUUUCAUUGGCUAUUCGUAUAGUCUACCAAAACAUGGCAGAAUUACGGCUAUCAAAAAGCAUAUUGACCAUAUCGAGGGAAACUAAUUUUUGAUAUAUAUCGUUGUCGUUUUAUCGCCCAGCCCUAAGGCAGAAAGAAGAGUGAACAGUAAGCUUUAUUUGUUUGGUAGAGUUUGGAGUUUUCGUGGACAUGUAUGGACGAAGGAGCCGCACAGAUGACAUCAAGUGGAGCCGUCUGCCCCUCUCCUUUGGUAAAUUCAUGUAGUGACUCCAGCUCCUUCAUGUCUUCAUCAGUUUUUAUAAACACAGCCUCACAUUUCUGCUCGUCUCUCCUCCGGUGGGUACAGCCUACAGGGAGCCCUACCUGUUCGUCACCUACUUCAACUCUCUGGAUGUGAUUGAGGUUCAGGGACACGCUUCUCUCUGGUGAGACACAAAAGCUUCUUUGGACAUUAGUUGAAAUACUCCGAUGCUGGUUGUCAGCCAUAUUUUCAACAUCAGUGCCUGUGCUUCCAGUCCUACAGUGCUGGCCCAACUGGACAUCCCCAACCCUCGCUACCUGGGCCCAGCCAUCUCCUCUGGAGCCAUUUACUUGGCGUCUUCGUAUCAGAACAAACUGCGCGUCAUCUGCUGUAAGGGGAGUCUGAUUAGAGAGUCUAGAGAGCUGCAGAGGACCGGCUCCAGCAGAGGGUCAGCGACUUUCAAAUCUGUUCAUGUGAUAAUGUAGACGCAGAUUUAAAGACACUUAAAUGUGGUGUGGGCAGGAUUCUGUUAAAGAAGCAAUAUUUUUUGUGGUUUAUAUACAAAAAAGCUUUUAAUAUCAGUCAAUAUCUAUUAGUUAUUAAUGACAUUUGGUAAUAUCACGAUAUCCCUGUGUUUUGUUAUGCCUGUGUAGUCAACAUUUAAAAAAAUUCAAACAGCCCGCUCCUUCUGACUGUAAACAAAACCAUUCUCCGCCUCCCCAACCUGAUUGGUCGUUAGGCAGACACUGCUCUCCCGUGUCGUUCACGAGCCCAAACAAAUUUAACGUGCUACAAUAUCAGACAGUAGAAACCAACCAGAAAGUUCAGAAAAUUGUCUGAAUCCUCCUUUGACCACGACUGCCGACACAAGCAAGAAAACGAAGUAAAUACCGGAGACUGGUGGAAUAAGGUAGACCGGACAAGAGCUGAGAAGCCGGGUCAACAUCAGCAUAAACGAUGGGGACACUUUGAGAUCUUCCGGACCCUGUAACCUUUCUGUUGGUCAGAAAAGUAAGCCAAGUGUCUGUAACAGAAGUGUUUCUUGUCAAACGUGACCUGCUGUAGCGUGUUGUAGCGCCGCUAAACUGUUGACCUCGAGUCCUGGACUAUGUCACUUUAUCCUCGUUGUAGAAGUCCUGUAAACAUUGUGUUUGCUGGUAGUCUGUUGGCAUCUACAGUAGCACCAAUGCUUUUUACUUUCACACUGACUGGGCCCCAUCUGUAAUUAUCUGAAGUAUUUAUCUGCAUUAUAUCUGAAUUUAAUUGGAACGAUACGAGCGAGCAGGAGCGUCUGUUUGUGGGCGGGGCUUGUUGGAGCAAAGAGGAGGAGCUGAGGGGAAAACUGGUUGGUAGGGUAAAGUUUACAUUCAAGAUUUCUCCCAGAAACUGGCACCUCCUCAGAUCCUGCCUACCCCACCUUUAAACGUUUAUUACAGUCAUAAAUCCAAACCUGGCAACUCAGGAAAAAAGGGCCAACAGUGCCACCUGCUGUAAAAACAUAAAACCUUUUUUACUUUAGUCCUUUAAAACCUGAAUCUUCAACGUCUGUGUAUCUACAGUAGUCCCAGUAAACGAGGUCCACCCACGUAUUCAGAGCACAUCACCAAGCGUUUGACCUCAGGCCCUGGAAGCCACGACGGCCUGCACCGUGAGCCCAGCACUCCGCAUCGUUACCGGGAGGGUCGCACCGAGUUCAGAAGGGACAAGUCUCCCGCCAGACCUCUGGACCGGGAGAAGUCACCGGGCAGGGUGCUGGACAGUCGCAGGGAGAGGUCUCCUGGGAGAUUUGGGGACAGCAUCAGACUCCACGCCGGGUCUGUCAGAACACAACUCGCCCCUGUAAACAAGGUACAGACAGACGGCGUUUCCACAAAAAGACAAGAUUACGCAUCAUACCCGUGUGUGUAAAUGAGUGUGACCUUUCCUUACUGUGGUCUUCCAGGUGUGGGAUCAGUCUUCAGUGUGAAUCCAGAUCCUGUCUGCUCCUGAUUGGAGGUUGAAGUGAACCUUUGGGAAUCCCUUGAUCUACUCUAAGUGCAAGCACACACACUCACAAUCUCACACACAUAUACACACUUCCACACACACACCCCUCAGUCUGUCAGCCCCAUUGCCUGUGCAUAGUCCAGUCUUAGAGUAGUUCUUCGUUCGACAACACGUAAACCUGCACUGGGAGGCGUCUCCUUGCGACAAUCCACUUUUCCGACUUGUGCUUUCAGGCGAGAGAUCCCACAGAAGACGACGUGGUGGCAGGGAACCUUUGCUGAUCUCCAGAUCAAUAGAAUCUACUUUAUAACAUAUAAACAAAGUUGUAUAUAUUGCUGUGUGAGUUUUUAUAGAUAAAGGGAAUAGUCGGCUGGUGAAGCCAUGUCUAUUUUUUUUAAAAAUGAGUUUCUAAAGAUGUUGCAGGGAGAUUCUUGAUGACGUUGGUUCAGAAAAAUAAGAUCAACAUUUCACCAGAAUCGAAUCUUAAUAAUGUCCGGUUUCCUCUCUGUGUGCAGAGAAUCCAAACAGCUCUUAAUUGCUCUGAAAUGAUGAUGAAACAGGUCUGAUAAGGCAACACUUUGCACAUGAGAUUGGAUUUGAACAGGAGUUAAAAUCAUGAUCUUGUUAUAUGACCAGUCUUCUUUCUUCGGAUCACAUCUCUGGUCCUCUCGACUAUAAAGCCUUUGAUAAAUAACUGCAUAUGAUUGCUUUAUUGUCUGGCCAUAGUUUGUAAAACGAUUAUUAAGCAAUGUUUAGCUCCGAGUGUUCCUUGUGAUGUUUUAAGCAAACUUUAAGAUCAAGAAACACGCAGCCCUGCUUCUGAUGCUGGACGUUUGUGCGGUCAGGCUGGCUGACGCCGCUUCAGCUUGCUCUUAGUCCGCUGCUGCUGCCGCUGCUAAUUAUGGUACAGCUGUCCCGUUAUUGUGCAGUGAUUAUUCAGUCUAGUAACUGUCAGGGGUCGUUAUUUUCUAGUAUUGUUUCUUUAGAGCCAGUAAGACCACCACCAUUCGUCACAUCAGUGAGCAUGACUAACUUAGGGCAGCACUGUCACUUUUGGAUCUUGAUUCUCUCUAUUGGUUGUUCUUUUCUGUCAUGUAUUCACUUGAAUUUGCAUUCAAUAAGUAGACAUUGAUGUAAGACAGUGAUUUAAGAGUUUCUUGAUUUUUAGGGCUGAAUCACAGUCCAUGCAUUAAACAUGAUUGACAAGUCUGA